GAGAGCUGAUGGAGCCUGAUGAGAAAGGCAGGAGGCGAGCCCCUCCGGUUGCGCGUCAGCAUCCUCUCAAAUAGCAAUCCGCUGCUGUCACUUCUAUUCCACAUACUGACAGACGGACGGCUGCAACCCCCCAAAACCAACAAUUACAGGCGAAUUUCAUCCGGCAUGCAGCUGUUUUUUUUCGUGUGAUGUCAAAAAAGAAGAGUAAGGUGAGGCUGUGAGGAGGCUGCCGCUCUGCAAAUAAUGAUAGUGAGGAUCAAGGCGCGCUGUCCCGGGAGAACUCAUCUGAAGAGCUGGCCCUGAGAGACCGGGAUGCUCCUCUAACGCACCUGGGGGCUAGUGAGUACAAUCCACCCCUAUCUGUGUCUCUUUAUUUCUGCCUCCACUUUGGUGCCAUCAUGCACAGGUUUGGAUCGUUCAGCGCGCCCUCCCCUCUCCAUCGCCGCUGAAUUAUUCUCGAUCCCACCUGUCUGAUCAAUCAUUCAUGGGCUUCCUAGUAAAGUGCAGGUUGGUCAGCGAUGGAUGAAAGUUGCUCGGCUAAUUUGGAGAUGGUGCGCUUUCUCCACCUGCGUAUAACUUAAUGCAUGCACGCAUCAAGGUUUUAUAUCAUGCGGGGUUGCCUGUUCCAUGCGGUGGCUGAUAAGGAGGUUGAUCCGAGGAGGCGCCCCUUUAAAGUUUGGAUUAGAGGGAACAUGUGUUGCACACUGCGGCCACAGUGUCGGUGCCAGGCUAAUUAAUAAAAGCUUUGUGAGGGGCUCUCCUAUCACAGGCACUCAUCAUUAAUCCGCUGAUGGCCCGGAGGGCGUGGGUUGCUGUACAGUACGUGAUGAUAAGGAAAAGGCAGUAGUCCUACUUAAACGGCAGGGACGAUUAAUUAUGGAGCCAGAUCUGAUGAACUCGCAGGAGAGGAGAAACAGGCAUGUCAUAUAAAAACAUGGCCUGUAUAUGCAAUCUUUUCUUCAAUUUUCGCCAUGCAUUUGUGACUAUGAGGAGGAUUUUCCCAUAAUUAUGCAACUUUUGUCUGAUAAGAUGAGGGUUGGCUUACUUGAAAUCCAUCUACAUGUGAUUUUGCAGUGUAUGAAUGCUUGCCUGUGUAUCUAAAUCAGUGUGUAAUGAUGCUCUCACCUGUAAUAAGCUGCGGUGUGAGAUCCUGGCAGUGCUGCUGAAUGUGUGGGUGUGAGUAGAACUUCUCCAGCAGGCUCACUGCAUGUAGAUGAAUGAAAUCCACUUACUAUGCAGCAAGGGUUCCCACUUCUAGUGUGUGUGUGUGUGUGCCAAUGUGUGUGUGUGUGUGUGUGUGUGUAUCUCACCUCAUUACACUCAUUGUGUUGACUUAAGCAGGAGGGUCACCCCUGAGGCCUGUUCUCUUGCUUUAUUGAAGAGUGAUGCCCUGAAUUACAUCACGCCUGACGCACAGACACGUUUUGGGAGAGGCAUCUUAGCUUAGUUCAUGACAGUCAUUUUGACUUCAACAUCAUGCAUGAUUGCGAUGUAUAUCACCCUGCCACAGAUAACUAUGCAUUGCACAGUCAGGAGUAUGAAACCAUCGCCACUCAGGACAAGUGUGUGUUGUUGAGAGGUGCUUGACUCCUGGAUCUGGAAUAUUUUGAAUUCGCGAUGGAGCUCCAGCUCUGGUUCGGAUUCCGGGCAAUUAUGUUCACAGUCUGCCCACGCAAUCUUUGUACAGGAGCUCCUCUAUUCUUGGUUGUUCUACAAACUGACACAAAUAUGGUCUCCCUUACAGCCUGUGUACGGCAUCCUCCUGAGGCAUCCUCAAUAUUGUCCCUGUGUAUGUAUUAAACAUCAAGCACGGCGAACUGCAGGCGUGCGGCCGAGCACUUUAAGGCAGAGUCAGGCUUCUGUGGAGGGUGACAGAACAGUCAGAAGGCCCCUACAGGGCACAAAACAAUUCCUGCUGCUGAUGCACCCAAGGCGACAGGACCGGAGCGCUUCUGCCUCCUCCCUCCCUCUCAAGUCAACCUCUCCUCAAUCCCAUCACCCCUCUCCACCUUCAUGUCAUGGAAAUAAACACAGUCUCGGUUUUACUGGCACACCUGCACAUCAUUUCGCUCAGCGCUGUAUGGGUCUCUCAUCUCUCAUGCUUGCAUGUACACAAAUGAAACAUAUACAGUCUCCAAACACAUAUGCAGACAUGUGACUGUGGAGUAAUAUUUAUGAGAGGCUGUUCGAAUCAUAAAUAAAACCUGCUCUCACACACAGCAACACUUUCUCAUACAUAUUAACACAUCAUUAUAUAGUACUAGAGGUUUUUUGUCCCCACUAUGAUUAUCUAAAUGCUUUUUAUCCUCUCCAACACAAAACACUCACUUGUUGCAAUAAAAGGUGCAGAUAUACAAUCCAAAAGUAAGUCUUGCAUGAGUUUCACUGAGUUGAUAUUUUUUAGAUUUACCAAAUAAUAAAAUCCGAUUUCAUGCAUUAUUUGUAAGUGUGUAAUAAGUGAUGUUAUUACAUUCAACAGCAUUACAUUAGGUGGUGUUCUUUCUCGGUUAUAUGUUAAAACGAAGCUAAACUAAUUAGAAACACCUUUCAAUAUAACAUCCAAUACAACAACACUUUUAACUCUGAUAUCAGUGGAAAUGUGGUUACAACAUGUUAGGAUGUGAUCUGUUAUAAUGCAGUAUGAUUCAGGAUAAUAUGAUGAGAUGUGCGAUGAUACAAUCUGAUAUGAUACAGUCUAAGGCUGGGUGAUAAAACGAUAACGAUAUAUAUAGAAAAUUAACUUCCCUCAAUACCAAUAUAAAACAUAGUCAAUAUGCUGUUCAAUAGUCAGCAUUCUGCCAUGUUUUGGUAGACUAUACGAAUAGCCAAUGAAAAGGGGAGUUGCUCUGGGUCCGCUUCACGCUGAGCCAAUCAUGUGCUGAAUUAGAACAACAGUGUAGUAGCAGGCUGCAGCUACAAUAUGACAAAGUAGUGUACAAUACAAUAUGAUACAAUGUAGUACCAUACUUAGUGGCACAAUACAUUACGAUACGCUAUGAUAUGGCACAACACAAUUCAAUACCCGAUGUAAAACCCAAUAGAAUACAAUAGGAUUCAAUGUGAUAUGAUAGGAUUUGAUCAAAUUUGAUACAAUAAGAUAUAAUGUGAUGCAAGACAGUAUGACACUCCUUCAAGUCAGACUCAACAUGCAUCUGAGUCAAGUGUUGCACGAGUCACCUACAUCCACAGUAGUAUAAAUAAAAAAUUAAAAUAAGUAUCAAUUCACAUUCAUACAGUAACUGUGUACACAUCUGUGCAAGUUUUAAUUUAAAAUGAGAAUUUUAACCCUUGUAAAAGUUGUAUUUUCUGCCAAGCUGUUGUAUUAAAUCGAAAAGAUUUAAGUGGCCCCUGAGUGAACGAUUAAUUAUACACCACUGCAAUGUCCUGCACUCAUUAUUAAGAUCUCUCUCACACACACAGUAUCUUAACCGGUAAAAUAUUGAAGCAGAGGUGAACAGGCAUGGAUUCUGGUUUAGUAUUUCUCUGCAGAAACAAAAACUGGAGGGGAAAGGGACGGUGAAUUGCAGAAUGACUGUUGUUUCUUGUGUGUUUUGAGGUCAGUACAAUUCCACACAAACAUACAUGUUAGCUUGAUUUUGAUGUUGAUAUUGCUAGUUUGCAAAUGUUUGGAUGUUAGACUGGCUGUUUUGGUUGAGUAAACAGAGACUGCACAAACAAAUCGAGCAAAUUUGCUUGAAUGACACUAUAGGUACACUGUAAGACUGCAUAGUGAGAGUAGAGGAACAAAGUUGUGUGUAAAAACAGGCUAGACUAUAUGUUACGUACAGAUCUUGAAAAAUUAAGUUACUGGUGACUUUGCUAUUGUUCUUACAAAGCACUGUGGAUUUUGAAGUCGUCCUUAAAUGUUCGGCAGCUUGAUUUAAAUUCUCCUUCAAUCCUUAACUUAGCUAGAAAAGCCACACGGUGGUUGAACAGACUUUUUAAAGUAACUUCAGAGACUUCCUACUCAGUUGCCCCUUUAAGAACACAAUCCUUUUGUCAGACACACAAGUAUAGUUUUUCACUCACACUGCUGCUGUCUUGCGCAUCAUGAUUUGCUUUUAAAGACUGUAAUUCUUACUUACAAACUACUAUUCCAUCUCAUAAACAUUGUUAUGGGGAGAGAGUAUGAUUGGGUGUCUAGGAGUGAGAAUUAUAGUGUUAUAGGAGGGAACACAGCAGCUAACUGUAAUUUAGGCUCUGAGGUUGUCAGUCCGCCUGUGGCCUCUAGUUUUGUUAAAAGGUGCAAAAGUGUGACGCGAUCUUUGCAGAUAGAAAAGCAAAUGGUGCAUGAAUCCUCCUGGUAUGUGUGUGCAGCGCUCAUGUGUGUUUGUGUGUGCAUGUCAGCUGUGUGCAUAAUAGCUCAGGGAUCCGGGGCCCAUGAAUUGGCCAGUCAGCCAGACAGAUGUGCCUCGGCCUGGACUUGGAGUGCAGGGGGCCUAAAACUGGCCUGCCACCCAGCAUUAGUGCCAUGGAUCCAUGACCAAAGAGCUCAGGGCACCAAAACUCACUGUCUGCAUAAAACGCCUUCAAUUAUUAAUGCUGUGUAUAGAGCAAUGCAUGGGCGAGGAGAAGGAGGGAACAAGGAAGUAGGCACAGACAGAGUGGGAAUGAAUCUAAGAGGAAUAACAAGAGAAAGUUGAUGAAUGGAUGUAAAGACAAGUUCUUGAAUAGUUUUCUUGUAGCGUCAGGGUCAUCGAGUAGAGAACUGAGCAUUGACAUUUGCACUUAAUACUAUAUUCAAACAAAUAAAGAUCACCAUAGUAACCAGAAAAAAAAAAUCAGUACAGCUCAAUGUUGAGAAAGGAAGAAAAAAGGGACACUGAGUUGUCUUCUUUUCAAACUUUAUUACCUACAUACCUCAGAGUCCAUCCCAAUUAUUGUUUCAAGUAUCCCCAUGUCUUUAAACUUUAUAAACGUAACAGAAUCACACACAUUAUUAAUUGUUAAAUGCAGGGAAACUUUAUUGUCUAUAACCCCUGCAUGCAAUAAAUACAUUUCAGCCCAGGUACGGCAUUGCAGUAGCUUCCCAUUGGAGUGGGAGCUCUGUAAUUCAUAAGUAUUGAUUUAUGUCUGAGCAGCAUUACAGCAUAAUGCCCCUGAACAUGACUGUAUACAAGAGCAAGCACAAUAAAUACAGCAGCAGAGAUAAGCGAUGAUUUACACAGGCAUGCCAUCAACUGCCCAUUAUGUCUAAUCUGGUACAAUCACAAGAACAUGCGGUAAUAUGCUUCUGUUUAUGUUCUGAAUAGUCCAUUAUUACAUGUUCAUAAUGCACUCCAUUUUCCGCUCCCAUUCAUCAGCCGACAAUAUGUACUGAGAGGCCUCUGUCCUGGAAAUCGUGCAAGCUUUUUUGAGCAUUACGAGAUUGAAAUGUUAAAAUAAACUGUAAACAGUAAAGAGCCUAAUAUUUCCAGGCGUCAAUUUUAUGUGCUGAAGAAUUAAGCCAAUGCCGGAGAACAAAAAAAAGCAGUUCAUUGAGUGAUCACUUGAGGGCCAUUAGAUGUGUUAAUGGCCUGUUGGAGUGGUCAUUUUUAAUCAGCAGAAUUAAACAUGCAGAGAGCCCAGUGCAAAAAAACAAAAAGAGGUUAAGUAACCAUACUUUCCUCACAACUGAACUGACAUUGAACUAUUUGAUAACAAUUGUCGACAUUUGGUUAAGGCUAAAAGUUAGGUAUAAUUACGCAAAUAUUUCAAGAGAUAUAUUUUUAUCACAAAAGUAGAUAUGGGUGUGCACAGGAGUUGUUAUUGAUGUAGUUUUUCACAAUGAUUCCCAACUCAAAUGGAGCAAAAACACAAUGGCAGCAACCAGCUGCACAAAUCAGUGGUAUACGAAUGUUUUAGGGUUGCCAUGCUACAAGAAUCUUAAAGAUACAAUCAAAUGAUAAUGAUUCUUGUUUUGACACAAAGCAAUAGAGUAUAAACUCCUGUUCAUCAUGUUGGUUAGUGCAGAAAAAGUCACUAGAAAAAGAUUAACAAUCAUCCAAAUGAGGCUUGUGGUAGUUAGUGUGUAUCUGCAGAAAGUGUGUUGUCAUUUUAUGGGUGUCAGUCAGGACUAAUAGAAAACACACAGAUGCCAGGUUACAUUACUGUCUCUCUUCUUUUCUUUGGGCCUGAUCAACUAAGAUCCAAAAUAGCGAGCGCUAAAUUGCGUGUGCAAACUAAAAAAUUGCAUAUGCCAUUAGUGGGCGUGUUGUGGGUGAUCUACUAUCAUUGCGUGCACAAUUGAUAAUGGCAAAAGUGCUGCAUGCGCUAUCACCUGUCACCAUGGAGAGUUUGUGAGAGCAGAGUGUUUGAAGCCAUGGAGUUGCACAUAUCGUUUUGGGGAACUGCAUAAAGGGCAAGAGAAGUUUAUUUGUACAGCACCAUUCAUACACAAGGCAAUUAAAAGUGCUUUACAGAUGCAAGAAGAUAUACUAGAAAUCAAAAAAAGGGAUUAAAACGACUUAAAAUCAAUUAGACAAACAGAUACAUGUUUUCGUCUGUUUCGUGUUUGACCUUAUCAUUUAUGGAAAUUGUCAUUUACCAGAAAAACAAAAAAAAAACACAAGCUUUUGGACAAGGAUCAUGGCGUGUAUCAUAGUGCUUUUGCAUCCUUCUCUCCACAAUGACCGUGCGUAAUGCUGCUACAGUUUGCACGUGCCUUUCAAACGUGCUAAACAUAGAUGCAAAAUAGUGAACGCAAUUGGCUUCCGGUUUGACUUCAUUUGCGUCUGCUCCUCCCAAAAUUUUGCGCGUUCUGAUGAUCUACAUACAUUCUGCAUAAUCAUGGAGGCAAACAUGCUAAAUCGAUUGCGCGCGCUGUUUUGCUCAUUCGACAGACGCAAUCCUCGGUGCACACGGUUAGUAGAUCAGGUUUGCGUGCGCUAUCAAGUCUGCAUGUGUUUUUGCACAUGCCAACCUUUAGUAGAUCAGGCCCUUAGUGUAUUGUGCAACCUAAAUGUAUUACCUGUAUCUUAAUUAGAUGCUAAAGGACCUGGUGAUCAUUGGUAUUUGCAAACCUAUGGAUGAGGAGAGUCAGUGGUGUAGAGGCUGUGACUGAGGGCAGAGCAGAGGCACACAGCAAGUAUUAGUGCAACCUAAGCAACAAACAGGCUGAAUCAAACAUCUUUCUGCUUAUUUUUGUGGAGGUGUGGACUUGUAUUCUGUAGGGAAGUAAAAAAAAAAGUUUUAGAGUUUGGCCACUUUAUUUAUUCUUGGAACAUCUAUACACUUCAGCAAGACUUCUUUCGUCUGUAGUCACAAGUGGUAGAAUGAGUUACCCAACCACACGGUCUCUUUUUCACUUCUGGGAAACUUCUAUGUCCCUCACAAGAGCUUAAAAAAUAUUAAGAAAAUAAAAUAGAUUUGAUUUUAAAACAAGAAUAAAGUUAAAUGGUGGGCACUGUACUUUGGGGAUUGUCUAUGUGUGGGAAUUUUACUUCAGCUGAAAUCUCUGUCAGCAUCAAUUGAAGCUUAAGCACAAACUUAAAGCCUCCGUGAAGGAAAUAGUGCUCCAACUUGCUGGUGUUACUCUUUGAUUCUUUAGCCUUCUGAUGAUGAUGAUGUAUAAAACCCUUUUAAUACGUUCAUCUGUGUGUUUGGCUUUUGAGUUGUCAUUGAUCGCUGCUCCUGUCACCCGUUUUUCCCUUUGAACUCCCAGCUUAUGCAGGUGUCUCUGCAGCCCCACUUUGUGCUCUCUCAAAUGCAGCAAAGACAGACACGCCUUUGAAAACAGGCUAAAAUUCAUUCUCAUCGUGCAACAGAUGAAAUAUAUUUUCAUCCAGAUGGUUAGGAGAGGUUUUGGUGCAACAACAGAGAGAUAUUCUGUGGGUAAAACCCCUCAGCAGGUAUUUAUUGUUUGAAAAAUGGCACAUUUGGCUGAAAGAACGAGACAAAGAGCAAGGGGAGCAAAUUCGCUAUCGAUGCAGAGCUUUGAUGUCAUGUCCAAAAAGCAAAAGUUAAAAUAGACAUGCAAAUGGGAAUGAACUGUUCAGCGAAACACGUCACCUCUUGUCCUUCUGCUGUUACCACUUUUGUAACGGUGCAACGCCUUUAUUUUAAAGCACCUGUGGAGAUGUGGUCUUAAAACUGACUUGAAAUCAAUACUGAAGCAAAUAAAAUGUAUUAUUUAUGUAUUUAUUUUAUUGUCUUACAUAGGGUAGGUGUCAGACUGAAUGAUACAUUUGCCUGUUAAAAGAAAACAAGAUGAGAUUUUUCUUUUUCCUCUACAAGGGGAACCAGAAGCAACACAAACCGAAAGUUCCUCACAGGAGCUUGAAGUACAGUCCGAUCAAUCUUUUAGUGUUUUUUGACCUUGUAGAUUUGACUCACAGAAGCCUGAGCUCUUUCAGGCUUUCAACUACUAAACGCCGUGACCUCAGUGUCCCACUCUGUCAGCGCCACAACAAAAAAAGCCUCACAGCUGCAGCUAAAGCGGGAUACUCAGUAUUUACACUGAAAUAAAAAAAGACAGCGUGGCUUUGGUUUUCAUUCUUAAAGUUGGAGUUUGUCACUUUUUGUGGGUGGAGAAGUGUUUAUACCAACAACAGUUUAAUCUGCGCAAACAGCGAUUCAUCUGGGUCUCAUUAGUGGAGACAGGAUGCUCCUCUCUGUGGCACUUGUGCUUUGGGUUUUUAUGCUCUUAGAUCGGCAUACUUGAGCAUAAAUAUACUGCCUGCUCUCACUUUAAGGAACAGGGGGGAGUUGCGUAACCACUUAUCAUACUCAGAGCUGAAGAACCGGUGACUAUCUCGCUAAAAGUGUGUCCUCUUUGACUCCACACCUCUACGAUUUUACCCAAAUACAAAUAAUUUCAACAAACAAGAGCAAAAGUCUGUAGUCAUGAAGCUCACAUGAUCAACAGAUUUCCUGCAGAAGCUAAAAUUGCAGCGAGCAAGGCAGGAAGUGAUUCAAAGAAAGAAAGUAACUUUUCACUUGGUAACGUGUCCGUCGUUGUGGCUCAUUGCAUCAUAUUUGUGCGUUUUCUGACUAACAGGCAGACAGUUGAAGCAUUAACAUGCAGAUGAGGUGUGACACCAUGCCGUAAUGUCUCUUCCUGUCUUCCUGUCUGAGACGCAGACUGCCAGCUGUGUGCACGCUGGUGGAGGACUUCACCUUUGCAACAGUAGCUGUUUAUUGAUUCCUUUGACAGUCACACAGGUGGAGCGGUGGAGGAUCAGCCUCUGCACUCAGAGAGCGUGAAGCCAGCGGGACGUUCAUGCCGACUGCCGUGUUUAUUUAUUCAUUAACAGCCAGUUUGCUCCUCAGUCUGCCUCGGAGGACCGUUUUCACCUGUUUCACCUCCUGAGGUUUGAGAUAGCGCUGCAUUCCGUAUCAGAUCUGUCUGGAGUGUGCGGAAGCGAGCACACGUGCACGCCGCAGCAUCCACCCAUUUGCCUAUCAUGAAUGAGUGAGACUGAAGGGACAGUGAGAGCUGGAGGAAGGGAAGAAUGAAGGGUGGAGUCGAGGGCUCUGGGGACCGUGGCGAGGCAGAUCCUAUAUUGAUUGGUUUAGUAAGAGAAUCCUCCGGCUUUUAGUGGUGCUUCUUAAUAAGAGUGGCUUGUGGAAAGAGAGAUCACAUCAGCUGAACUCCACUCCAGAGGCUGCCAUCGCCUUUAAGGAAUAGUUUGCAGCAAAAAGCAAAACAAGCCUGAAACGAGGUUGAUCCAUUUAGAAAACUUUGAAAAAUUUGAAGCACCUCUUCCCAUGGGUGAUAGAUACGUCUCAAGAACAGAGAUUACAGGCUGAUAUUUUAGUUCCAAAAAGAACAAUGUAGCUGGUAGCUAAUUCUAAAGGUCCUUUCACACCAGGACCAUUUUUGUCCUGCGAUUAUUUUGGACAUCAAUAUUUUUUUUCGAACCCGUAUCCUGUCAAUACAAGUGUUCACAUCAGUGACGUUUUCCCUUCCUGCGAUAUUACAGCAUUUAUUUUUUUGGAUCACGGUCGAUUUUUCAAAAGUUUCGCAUACUGUGUGUCCACUUCUGACCAAUCAGAUUGCGUGUUUUUGCGACAUCAGAUUCACCGGUAUAUCCAACAUGGACGAUCGGCUGAUUGUUUAUGUGUCGGAGAACAGAGUGCUUUUUGAUAAAAGACACAAACAUUACAAAGAUAACAACCUGAAGGACAACUUGUGGAGAGUCAUAGCGUUGGAUUUCUCAUAUGACGAUGGUUUGUGUGCUUUAACAGUUUGCUAAGCGUCUUUGUUUUAACUUUCAUCAGUGCUAAGUAACUGUAGCUCGUAAGCUAACCUGUUCAGAUACAACAUACCAUAUGUAUUUUCACUGUCUCAAACUCAGUCGCAUUGCUGUCACAGCACCAUUAGGUCUCAGUUACCUUACGUUUAUGGAUUAUAGUUUAAUGUGCUUAUCUGGUACUGGCCCCGACUCAGUACAUGCUAUCAUGACAGACAGUCAUCUCAACACUCGUGUCUAAUCAGAACUGAAAAACAGUCAGUCUGCUGUAAUGUCAGACUUCUCGCUUCCACCCGGGACACGUCUUUUUUCCCCCCGGAAAGUCACAAAAUCGCAUCGGGCUUGAUGUGUAUAGUCGGGCGCGUCAAAAUUUGCCUCUGAAUAUUUCGUAAUUUCAAAUACUUAUAUUCAUGUCGGCCCGGUGUGUAAGGACUUUAAAACUGAAAAAACAAACUUGUUUAGCUAUUUUUGAAAUUUUUUGUAAAGCUUGAAUAAAGCCUUUUUUUGUUAGCUAAUUACGAAACAUGUUAAGAGUACUAUCGCCUCUUUUUAUCCUGCAAAAGUAAAGAUACUGGGGGCUGCUCAUGCUACUGCUAGCUAAUGUUAGCAUCAUAGCAUAAGUCCAUUGUGGCAUCAUAUUUUAGGGUGAUGAUUUGACUUCUUUUACCCAGACAUGUCCUCUUUUUUGGGGGCUGUCCGGGUUUGUCCAGCUUUGACCGGGGAAGUUUAUAAAAUCCUACAAAUGUCUGCAGUUUUGUACGUAAGUUUCAAGUUUGUGUCCCAUGGUCUUACUGAGUUAGAAGUGCGGAAAGACACUCAAUCCGACCUGAAAAACUCUCAAAAGCAACUUUGUGCGACUCCUUGACUCCACCCCCGCACAGUCAGGUCCUCUUUUUGGGAAGUCAGAAUAUGGUCACCCUAUCAUAUUUUGGCAUCUUAAUUCAUCUUCCAGCUUAAGUCUGUGUGAUUUUUUACAAACAGUGUGGACAGACAGCCUUUUGAAAAGCUCCCCCUUCUUCAUAUCAAGUUCAGGUGACUUUGCUGGUCAUUGUUGUUUAAAGGCUAUCUGUGAGCUAACUAUCGCUAACCUACCUGCUGCCAAAGCUUACAAUACUCUUGUGAAAGGUAAAACAUAUAUGCCAGAGUCUUAUGAGACAGUCUGUGUAACAAACUGAGAAACAGGAUUGGUAUGUAAUACAUUUACUUAAAAACAGGGUGCCAUGGACAGGUGCUGUAUUGGGUUUGCAUCAGUUGUACGAUAUCAUCACCUUUGCCCCUCUUGCUUUUGAGUUUCCCCCAAAUUUACUGCAUUCUCACAUUGGCUCAUUCCAACUUCCUCAGUAAAUUAGCAGAAGUUAGUCAGGUUAGGGGUGAAAAUUUCUGCUUUUUAGAUUUCCACAUGCAGCUCACCCUGAAAACUCAGAGAAGUCUUAAGGGGUUUUUUAUGGAAAUGUGAAAACUGCUUAAAUUGCAAAUGCCAAAUUAUUUACCAACAAGCUGGCGCCAGUCAAGAGGACAAGUACUGGUUGGUAUAACAGUGCAUCCAAACUUUUUCCAUGAAGUAACUUAAGUUUGUGUGAGUGAUAUAAAGGUCAUAAACUUUUGUUCAGGGCCACUUUUAUAGGUGCACCACCUCUCGAUAUGGAAAGUUAAGCAGCAAGUGAGAAAGUUAUGCAAAAAGUUUGAGUGCAUGUACCUAUCAGACAGCACGCAGCACGAUCACACAAAACAAAUCUCUAGAUCUCACUGCGGGUUUGUGCGCACGUCACAGCAUGGAUGUCAUAGAGGUUUUUUUUCUUUUUUUUCUUUCUUUUUUUGCAUUGACACAGUCUUUUUGCUGCACGCACCCUAUCUGUCUAUCUUGGUGUUAAGUCGUGGCUUCAGAGAAACGCUGAGCUAUUUUAGGAGGCAGCAGAUAGUGCUAAGCGAGGAAGUGAAGUGACACAACCGAGGUUGAGAUUUGUUCUUGCCCGAAAACCUUGAAAAUAUCUUUAUUUAGUGCUCUGCUCCCCAGACACCUUGCAGAUUGCACCUAGUAGCUACCAUCAGAUAAUGGGUUGCCACAGAAGCAGGCGGCACAUCAGUAGCAUGAAGAAAUGCAUCAGCACUUCAGACAAAUAUUCUGUUGCUUUUUAUAGUGAAACACACGUAAAAUAGACGCCUUCAAAUCCUUGUGUUAGUGAUUCUAAAAAUAGACAUCUUUGUCAUCAUCUUGACAUUAUUUAUAUGUACAGUGCAUUAUCAGUUGGAAACUUUGAAGAUUGCACACUGAUACCUUCUGUGUGUUUUCUAUUGGUAGAAGAGCUUGGACUAUUUUGAGCUGAUUUUGAUGAUUUGAUUUUAUUAUUUAUGCAUUCACCUCCACAUGAAAGAGAGCUGCGGUCCCUAGUGGUCUCUAUCUUUUUCUCUCUCACACACUUUUCUUCUCUUUCAUGCAAACACACUGAAAAGCAUAUUUAUUGAGAGUAUCCAGCACCUUUUUUAUUUUGUAAAGGAUUCAUACACCUCGCUCCAUCCCUGACGGAGUUGAACCGUACAGUAACUCCCGACGUAAUCUGACACGUUCGCGUCUAAGUGCAGUUCGUUGUGUUUUCAUGUGCUUGCGCUUGUUUAAUAAAAGCACCUGCUGUGUUUGUGCCCUUCACUCACCCAUCUGAUCAAUAGCAAGCCGGGAUCUGUCAGCGUGGUAGCUGUCAUUGAAUUACUGCUAACCCAGUUAACCAAACUCUGCAGUAACCCAAUUAGCAGGACCUCUGCACUGUAUUAACCUAAUACACCCCGUCUUAUACACACACGCUUCACAGUGGCUUCAAACACGGCAGGCCGGCAGGUCAAGCACCAGGUGUAAACACUGCUGGUAUGUGGUGCUUCUUUCAUACUGAGCUGCAGUUUCUGUGAAAUAUUAAUGCGAUGCUAUUUUUGUCUCUUUAAGAUUUCCUUAUAACCUCAUGCUCGGCUAAACUAACACUAUAUGCUCUUAACAAACACAAAACACAACUCACAAUUUAGGUCUUUUUUUCUGUGCAAAUUUUAAAUCAGUUUCAAGCAAAAAAUUUGAAAUAAAAAUAUAUAGCAUUUUUUAAAAGUAUCUCUUGGAACAGAGGGGUGAGCUCACUGUUUUUGCUUUCUUUUCCUGCUCUGAAUGUUGAUUUAAACAAUAAAAAUGGACAAUAAAAACUGGAUUUGGUGGUUCCAACUCUAAAUCUGAGUUUAUGUUUGUACAUGAAAUUAGUGCAAUAAGUAUGACAUGCAUUUUUAUAUGUAGGCAUGAAGCUGACAUACUAAAAAUGUAACACUACAGCUAUUUUUAAACACCGUUUAACAGAGAUGCAGCCACUAGUGCUUAACAAGCAAAGUAAACAUAAAAAGAGCUCUUGAACCAGGCCGGAGUACAAUGGAGAAAAACUAGCAGUCAUACUAAAAAUGAAAAAGAAUAUCAAAAACCCUUUUUUAAUAAAUACAUAAAUAAGUAAAGAUUGUUUAGUUUAGGCUCAGUUGGUGGAGUUGGUGCCGUGUGCAUCAAGGCUGCAGUCCUUUAGUCUCCACUUCCAAACUCUGCUUUUUCAUUUGAAGUUUCACCGCAUUUUCUAUUUCUAUGUUUCUGCUCUUUCAGCUGCUGCAAAGCUUUUUGAAUUGCAUUUGAUUUGUAUGAAAAAUGCUAUCUUAAUACGGCAUCUUUUAUUGAUAGUGUGCAUUUGGAGCUCCCACUGUUGUACUUGAGAAAACAAACACUGGGACACCAAUAUUGCAGAUCGCUGAUGCAACGCAGAAGCACAAAUGAUGGCAGUGAAACUUCAUCAUUGCACUAAAUGUAGGGUUGUAAUAUUCAAAGAGGCUGUGCUGAAUAACUUUCUUACGCUAACGCCUGCUGCACAUGAGAAGAUUGUUAUUCCAUCGAUGUUCAUGCUUUGUGUUAACUGUGGUUGCCAUGGCUGCAUUUGUUGUGCUUCCAUCUUGCCUCCUGAUUAGCUAUCGUUUUGUUCUAGGUGACAGUGGGCAUGUUGUUGUGUGUGUCCUGCUUAAGUCAACCUUUUUCAAACCACCCUUUCCUUCUCUACCUCUCAUUCAUUCACAUUCCUCUCUUGUCCUUACUUUUCAGCCGAGGGCAAACCUCUCUCAUUUCUCCUUCUGGGCUCAGUCUCAGCCGUAUCAGCUCAGGUGAAAUCACACCUGAGACAUAAACCGAGUUUCAGGCUUCCUUCAGCCUUUUCAUUUGUGCACAUCCAUCUGGCAUAAACAGAAACGCGUCCAAUAAUUCUAUUAGUCAUGUUUGUUUGUUUGUUUCUCGCACCAUAUAAGCGACAUCUUUCAGCUUUAAAACAGCACGCAUCAUUCUCGGCGCUGCAGCAGCAGGCUUUUCACAUGCCUCAAGUUAGUCAUCUAUGACUUUUCUUUAGUGUCAGAGGCUGUGAGGAGUGUAAUGGAUGAGCAGGCGUAGUAACUUGGCAGGAGCUGUACUGGAGUGGAGGUGUAAGGUAGGUGGCCUCGGACGAGAAGUGUAAAGAAAGGCAGCAUGACUCACCUAGAGAGGAGCCUGCACACUCCAUUGAGAAGCAACCCACAGAUCUCCCCUACUCUCUCUCUUUCUUGUCUCUUUGCCAUCUGCAGUGCCAUGCGAGGGUAACAUGAGAGAAGCCGGAGAGCGAUGGCAAACAUGUAUGUAGGUUAACAUUUCGCAAUCCACCUGGGGUAAUGGUUUUUCCAUAAGCCGCGAUUGUUGAGGCUGACCCGCCUUUUAAGACUGAAUCAAAUCGAUGGCUUCUCCGUCUGAGGCUGGGGAGAGGCGGGGAAGCCUCUGUGUCUGCACAGCCACGAUAACACUGCUCAAUGGGCACUAACCACCUUUCAAAUGGAAAUGGAAUAUCCAGUGCAAAUUAGACACAGUCAUCUAAAUUAUACUGGGAUGUGAAUGGGGGAUGCUAGCGUAGCGGUUUUAGGGGUGUGUCGUGCUUUCCGCUUUGUUGUGCCAGAGCUAAGCUUUUAACGCACAAAUGAGUUUCAUGUUGUGCUUUCUUUGGGGGUUUGCGAAAAAAAAAUUACACACCCGUACAUACAUCAACAGAAACUGUGUUGCGUUUUGAAGCACUGAAGAUGGGAUGCAAGCUUGCAAGUGCAGAAUGACUCACCCAAAAACCACGGGGGCGUGUGCUUCACAAAGUAUGCUAACUUAGAGCAUGCACUCAUCACAGCGCCAGUUCAUCUUCCUUUCCCCCCCUUUGCCUCAUCUCUUCUUCCUAUCUCUCUCUCUCAUCCCAUUCCUCAUUAGCUUGCCUGCAAACACACAUGCAUGCACACACACAAACCGGGGCUGAAGAGGAGGAUUCAUAAAGUGCUGACAUAGAGAGUGAGUGCUGUGAUCAGAUUGAGUACAGGCUCAGUCCCGUAAAACCCCCGGGGAAUGGUUGAAAAUAAAUCACUCAUAGAUUCUGCCUGCCCUAAAGAUUAAAGCAGAGGGGAGCGCGUGUGUGAAAGCGUGAGUAAAAAUGAGACAGCUAAGUUUGUGCGUGUCCCUUUUGUGUGAAUUUACAGUGUCUGCAUACAGUGCACGCAACUAUAUGCGAGUUACAGACUGUAAAGCUAAUGAAAAGAGCCACGGGGUGGGUGUGCGGUGGUAAAUGGCUGCAUGGAAGUGUCGACAUGUGUAACUGCUCCAAUUGGCUCUGCGGAGUUGUCCUCGGGGAAAUAAGAGCAGCAGCGCAAGAUAGGCGACCGGUGACAAAGACUUAUAUAUAUUUGUCCUUCGCUUGUGUGUUUUUGCUUGUUUUGAUCAAAGAUUGGCAUAUAGAGAGGGAACACAUUUGAUGAGUAGAGUGAAAAUCACUCCUGUAAUUUGUUUUGGUCUUUUAAUUAGAGAGAUAGCACAACAAACAGUGACAAAGAUAACAAAAGCGAAAGAUAGACAAUGAGGCGGCAUUCACAACAUGAUCCAGAGAUCUAUUGCAAGCCUGAGACUGGAGAUAAUUCAGAAAAAUAAGUUAAAAAGAUAAGACAUUAGAAUUUAACCAUGUUUGUGCGCAGGUUUGGAUGUUUGUCUUGGAGGCAGUAAUAUUUAAGUGAGCAAAGAUACACAUUUAUAUUCUAUGCUUACAGUUCUGGUUGAAAGGACUGUUGUUACCACACCACUGCAGACAAGCACUUCUACUCAUGCCAUAAUGUCUUUUUCAUGUUUAAAUCCUCACCUGGCCGCUGAGUCAUCAAACCAAGCUUACUCACUGAGGCAAAACUAAUGUCACUACAUUGUUUUCAAUCAGACUGUGAAUGCGUGAGGCGAUCACAUCAUACAGCACGGGUCAGGAAAUGUCUGCAAAGUAGCUCAGGUUAAUAUAGCGUCCACCACUAGCUGGUGAAAUCUUGUCUGGGGUGGUCAUGUGGGUCAUCAAAUGUUGUAAACGCUGUGAUUUUGUCUAGAGAUGCACCAAUCCAUUUUUUCCAAUCUGAUACCGAUACUUGGGCUGAGCGUAUCGGCCGAUAUCUGAUACCGAUCCAACACUACUGUUGAAUGAAUGAACUGUAUACCUUGCUCUGUGAGUGAAGGCAUCAGUCUUGACAUUAGCCUUGUUAAAGAAAAGGUAACAAACACAGGUAUAAAUUUACUUAAUGUUAUUUAUGAACAAAUAUCAAAUUGCCCAUUAGCACACAGUAAAAAGAAGUAAGACUUCCAUGUAUUAAAAGAAAAGUUAAUUAAAAGAAAAAAAAGACUGGAUUGGAAUGCUGGAUCUGCGUCAUUCAUCAGAUAUCCAAUCCAGUUAAUUUGUCAGUAUCGGAGCUGAUAUUAUAUCUGAUCCAAAUAUCGGAUUGGUGAGAUUCUAGUUUUGUUCGCCUGCUGUAUGGGCACCACGGCCUUUUGGUGUGAAUGCUAGCGGUGGCUGCUGCUGCUUUGUAUGUCUUACAUACACCUUUGUUGCCAUGACGAGUUUCCUCUUCUCCGUUUCUCAAAUAAAAGUGUAUUAUUGGACUCAUACAUUAUAAGAAAAUAAUCCCAUUGUAGGCGAACAGUUUAAUAUAUAUUUUACACCUCUCAUAUGACACUGUAAUCCUGAUAAAUUUGUAUAAGGAGGAGCUAAAAUAACAUCAAGGGGAGAGUUUGGAGGAAAGACACAGCGUAUAUAUUCAUCAUGAUUCUAGUAAAAACUAUGUCUUGAUUAUAUGUAAUAGAGAUGCAUGGAUACAUAUAUGGAAUAUAUGAAUGCCCAUACAUCCAUGCACACACAAACAUCAUAGUGAUUUAUUUGCAUGUUAAGAUGUUGCAAGUUUUUCAGGUGCACCCAUCUGGAUGUCGUUUCUGAACAGUCAGCAUUUGUAUCUGUCUUUGUUUACACACAGUGUGCAUAAAACAUGUGGAUGUUUUGGUGUCUUUGGGCUAUGUGUGUGCAGUGUGUUUAUUCAAGACUUCCUGGGACUCCAUGCGGUGUCAGAGGUGAUAAAUGUGCUCAAGGGGCUUCACUCAGCAACUGUUUAUGAACACCCUGAGCUUGGCCUGUACACUCUGAUGUCUAAAGGUCUUCAGCCACGUGGAUGUACGAGAAGAAAAAAAAAAAAGCUUUCCCAGAGUAACAGAGUAAUACCUUUUCCUGUCUUCUUUUCGUUGAAGCAGUGACUUGCAAAAUGCAAAAAGGUAAUGAAUAAAAUAAUGUGUGGGAAUCGUAAUUAGUACACGGGUUAAAUAUCUGACUCAGAAUGUUCUGCUUUGGUUUCAGACCACAGGAGCAAGACUGUACAAGGUGCUUAAAACCCCCCUCUUGAGCGGAAAGGUUAGGCGAGUUUCAGUUUUGCUGCUAAUUCAAAAAGUCCUUUUCUUUGUAACUGUUUAUUGAGCCAGAGAGGAUUGGAGGGUGCACAGUUGGCUUAGGGAGAAGAUAAGGAAACUAAUUCCUUCCCUUCUCUGCUUCUGCUCUUUGAUCCUCACCUCCCGCUUCAUAUCUCUUUGAUUGCCAUGUUUAUGACAGCUCCUUUGCCUUUUUUCUGCUCUUGCCUCUUCCCUCUCCCGCUGUGUGGUGUGGCAUGUCAGCGGUUCGUCUGCCGUUGGAGGUCUGCUCGCACAAGCCCGCACUCUGAGGCCCACACAGGCAUGCACACGCAGAGAACAAGCAAUCUAAGCAAGACACACUCACCCUCCGCCCUCCAUAGAGGUAAAGUGAGUGCACCAGCAUCCGCGAUGAAUAAUUGAGUUAUCUAGCUCCGCGCAGAAAUAGCAAUCUCCCCACACAAGUGUGAAAACAUCACUUGCCACCCGAGACCCGGGAACGAGCGCUGCCAUGUGGGUCCGCACGUGCGUGUGUUUGUGUGCGUGUCUCUGUUAGCAUUCAUGCUUGUCUGGUUUUUGUGUUUCUGUUUCAUGUGAACAUUGUUAUCCAGCCCAUCCUAAGAUGUGGCACUGAGUUUGUGGAUGCAAGCAACAAACUAAAAAUUUUACACGUCUGUGAUGCAAAAGAAAAUCUCCCCUUUGAACCCAAGAGAUUUAAAUAUUUAUGAACAACAAAUAAGGAUGCAGAAAGAAAGAAAACCUUCCCUGUUAGUCUGUGACAUCUUUCUUUCAUUGAGUUGAUCUCUUUGGUCUGACAUCAAUGAUCUGUUGGAGUCUGUGUCUCUGGGAUGUUUCGAAGUCUGUUUGUCGCAGCAGAAAUGCUUAUUUAUUUGCAAUCAGAGAAAAAAAAAUCUACACAACCCCAAAUAUAGAUAACAUGUUUGACAUACAGUAUAUCAAUUUGAUUUGAUAUGUAAAGCUAUAAAAUUCAAGUUAAUCAAACACAAUAGACCUAUCACAUCUCUGUCAAUUUUGUGCACUUUUAUUGCUGUCAGGAUUUUUAUUUUUAAGUUUUGGUUAGCAGAGGAAAUGUACAAAUAAUUUGUCUGUUUUUAUUGACCUGUGAUUAGCUUUUGCAGGUUUAAAGGGAAGUCAGUAAGCUAUUGUUUUUAUCAAUGACUGUAUAUAAACAUGGAUGAUAUGUUCGCUCUGUUGUAAAAAGUGAAGCCGAAACCCCACUGCGAUGGGAAAUGACCUGUUGCUUUGGAGAGUUUUUAGCAGCAGAGGCGUUCGCAAAAAUUAUCUAGCUGGUUGGGCCGCCAUGUUGACACCACACCCCUCCCAACAACCUUCCUCUUACUGUAUUUUUCGAGCGAAAAGUCGCACCAGAUUCUAUGCCGCACUGUGAAUUAACGUGUCUAUGUAACACAUAAGGUGCACCGGAUUGUAAGGCGCAUUAAGCAUUGAUUGGUUUACUGUUGCGAGCGCGUACUCCGGGCCCGGGCUGCCUUACAUGAAUGCACUUCUAGUUUAGACAUUACGGUAAGGCACUCUUGAAACUGCUCAGGGGUCCUGUUACAGGGCCUGUUCAGGUACUGACACAGCAUACCGUAAUGCUCCGAAUAUCUAUUGAGCGGGCGGCUUCGUUGCUUACCAAAGAUGUACUUUGUAGAUUUUUGAGCGCAUUGUUCUACAUAAUAUUGGAUAGUAAACACACCAAGUAAUCAUACAUAAGGCGCGCUGGAUUAUAGGCACACUGUCAAUUUUUGAGAAAAUUUAAGGAUUUUAUGUGUGCCCUAUAGUCCGAAGAAUACUGUAAUUAAAUUUCAGUGGCUCUUGUGUUGAUGUCCAUCAUGUUUCCCUCCCCAGAAUCAGAAUCAGCUUUAUGUGACUUUAUAUGCUUUAUAUGACCAAGUAUGUGUGCAAAUACAAUGAAUUUGAACUGUUUAAUACUUAUCAAAGUAAUUUACAGUCACAGUGGUCUUUCUGUGGCUCUGUGAACAUUCGGAGUUCAUCAGAGCCACAGCCCGAGGGAAGAAACUGUCUUUGAAGAAGAAACUCUGCUCCCUCUCCACUCUACUAAACUGGCAAAGACUGCUGCUGCAGGAGCCCUCAUUUGUCAACAGACCUGAAAUCAUCACUAAUUAGCCCUAAAAGAUAAAAGAGUACAGGAAAGAUAAAGAUAUUUUGAUAAAUUAUCACACCGCAAGAGCAAACUCAGCUUGGCUAAUCCUUAAUAAGCUACCAGGCUGGAUCGUUUCGUUCCGGCUAACAACUCACAGCUGUUAGAAGUCAGUUGUUUAUCUACCAUAUUCAAAGAACAACUUCAUUUGUGCAUGCUUAUGGGGAUGAGUGGAUACAUGAAUAUUUUUGACCAGAUGUUAUUACAUUGCUGUAUGUAGUUGCUGCCAAACAAAGUUUUGCUGCAUGCAGUGACAAAGAAGAGACUAUCCUUUUAUCUUAUCUGAAGAGCAGCUUGGUGCUUGCAGAUAAAGAAGCUAAUCAGAGGUAGCAACGUGUCAGCAUUUACUGCUUAUCUGCCAACACUUAAUGUAUAUUUUUUUUAAUCACAGAGGGGAGUAUGUUAUCAGUUAUUGCCUAAACCUAAAUCUGAAUCCGCAGGAGAAAAAAAAAAUGGAAUUAAAACUAUUUGUCACGACGCCAGGGUUAAACAAAAAGGGAAAGGACCCAAAUGCCGACAAAGAAGGAUUUAUUAAAAUUAACUAAAUGAAAAGCAACAAAAACUUACUUUUAAAAUGUCGAACCAAAAAAAUCAAAAGGCAAAAAUCACAUGGAGCAACUUGGGAGACAAUCAUACGCACACAGACAUACAAUAAACCAGCAAAGACAAAGACGAUACAGGGACUAUAUAUACACACUGGGUAACGAGCAACAGGUGAGGCAAACGAGAAACAGGUGUGGCAAAUGACACGCAGGUGCAACUCGUUAACUGAUUAAUGAAGGAGGGAAAAUGGAAGUAAGGGAAGUAAAACCAGACUAGGAACACAAGGAAUCAACUACUACAAAAUAAAACAGGAAACACUAAAAACUGGUACAAAGAAUAAAACACAGAAAAAAACACACUCAAAUAACAAAAACAGGGAAGCUAAAUCAAGAGAACAUAUCAUGACACUAUUCCUCUGUAGUGCAAAUAGACUGUUUUUUUUUCUGCAUAUGUGUGCAGUGUGUCCUCCGCACUAAAUAAAUAGUCAACACUAUUCGAAGAGUGAGACCUAUUUUUGCAGCGCACUUUGAUUUUGACGACGGCACCUCCUGAGAUUAUCAUGGCUGCCUAAAUCCUCAUAACUAGUGCUAUUGAUGGAAGCUUAAGCAGUUCAGACCGUCUCUGUUAAAAAGACUGACCUGAUGUAAAUCAGCUCAGAGGCCGGGUAUAUACUCUCCAUGUGCGCGACUCCCGGGGGCCCUCCGAAGCAAUCCGAAUGGUGACACGACAAAGCUGAGGGAGCAGAAUCACAGCAAACUGACAAAUAAGGCCAAAUCUGACAGGCGAAUCCUCAGAGCAGCUUCUCAGUUUGACAGAUCCUUCAGCAGAGGAGCGGGGGAGCCAACGCCCUGCACAGCAGCAGCAGCGGCACCAUUCAUUAAUGCUAUUUCAUAACACUACAGUAGGGAUGAUCACACAGGAGCAAGGCUGCAUGAAAUAAUGAGCCCAGCGUCAUAUGUCAGAUAUGAUCGACAUAGAAGAUACUGUACAGUGUUAGUGUAAAGGGAGGUGAAACUGUGAGGUCCAAAGUGAAAGGUAGCUAAACUGUAGUGCUGUAUAACUCCAGCCUGGGGAGGGGGGAGGGGGUGCAACCAGCUGUUUGGUCUAAAAGCUCUGUUGUGAGGGGACAGCUGCAGAUUAAACAGCAAUCUGACUGAUCCAGCGCACACUCCUCCUUCUCCCCUUUCCAAAACACACACACACACACACUCACACAUCAUGGUGAAGAGGUGCCACCGCCUAAGAGUGACCACUUUAUCUCCUGCUGGGUCAUGACGCUAAAGAGGAUCGGGGCCUGUAAGUGUGACAGGCUGAUGCCUUAAUAGGUAACAAAAACCGCAAAAGAGGCAGCAAGGAUGAGACGUAGGCUGAGAGUGUGGGGUUAAAUCUGGGGCAAGUUGUCCCAGGAUGCAUGCAACAGCUGCCAGUGUGGAUGCAGUGACGCUGAUGUGAUACUGACAUGAUUAAAAACUCUUAAGGUAGAGCUGUGAUGGUGGAAGGGCAUGCUACGAAAACAAUAAAAAGUUCCUCCCAUCUUCAUGCGGUUGUUUGAGAGUUUGCAUAUUCUCAACUCUUUCUUGCACACAUGCAUUGACAGUGCAGCUGGCGAGGUUUUGCAAAAGUGCACGGUUUCAGUUUCAGGGCUGAAAAGCAGCGAGGUGAGGUUCAGGCCCGAGGUCUUAGCUCCCUCUGUGUUUUCAGCAGGGUUAAGAGUCUUUAACAUGGAAAUUGUCAUUAAUCUCCUCCGUGCAGACGAGUCAGGCAGAGCUGGGAAUAUCAAAACAUAUAUAGGGAGAAGUCUCCCUGGAUCGUUUGAAAUCCUGUUUGGAUGUUUCACCACAUUGCAGCUUAGAGAUCCAGCUGAUGUUGCCCCCGUUUUUUUCCUCAUCUGUCUCUCUCGUUCUUUUGUUCUGGUGUUUUCCUCUCCCUCUCCUCCUUCCUUUUCUUCGUCUUUCUCUUUUUCUGACAUUCUUUGCUGUGACUCCGUUCUCUCUUGUCUGCCUGUCUCUCUCUCACUUCUCCUCUUUUUGGGUGCUUGCUGGGGGAUUGGGGAGGGUUCCUCCAAAUUGGCACACAGAUGAAUAAUGCAUCUAAAGCGAAAGCAGAGAGCUGGGGUUGGAUAUAUCUGUCUGUCAGACUCUUUCUCUGUAUUACAGUUAUAUUGGGAGUUAGGAUGAUACUUUUUAGGGGGGGGAAGAUGUUUGUCGUUUUCCACCCUGCUUCCCAUUCGCUCCCUGCUCUGUCAUUAACUCUCCUUGUCUGUGAUUGUGUGCAUGCAUGGCCGCUGAGCCCUGUGGGUGCCGUGCAACAUGCUUAAAUUCUGCACGUUUUUCUGCAAGACUUCUUUUUUUCCCCCUAUAUGACACACAUAUAUAAUGCAUGUGUGAGAUUUUGAUUUCAUUUGAUUCUCCGUCCCCGCACGCAUGAGUUUGUGCAUGCGUGAGUGUCUCGCUAUUUAUCGCUAUUCCCAAACUGCUGUGUUGAAAAAGCAAACUGCACUCAUGAGCAUAAGCUCGCAGUAGCGCCAUCAUUAAAGUAAUGAGCAGAAAGUUAGCGCUGAAGUCAACCAUAAACAGAAAAAUAGAGAGAGAGACAGCAGGGGAAAGGGAGAAAGAGAGAGAGGGUGAGAGAGAGAGAGAUCCCCAAUCCCAUAAGGAUAAAUCUUAAAUCCUGAAUGUUGCUUCUGACUCAUUCUGGUUAAUUAAGUCGAGUCAAGUGAGAGGAAAAUGGGGUCUUGCCGUGGCUGAGUGUGUAGGAUCAGCACUACACUGUAUUUGCAGCUUAUGAAGUCUCUCACUGGAACUGUCCUCUGUGCACUCACACAGCACAGAUAGAACAAACUGUAUCCAGUCUAUUCCUCCUAUUUUUAUUAGCUUGACCCGCACCGUCUCUUUACGCAUGGAGAGUCUCACACACACACACACACACAUACACACACUGCUUUUAAAUUUACAUACACACCAAGAGAAGAGGCGCCCAUUCAGCUUUGUGUUGCAGAGGAUACGCGCUUACAGAUUUUUCAUCUCUCAGCCUCCAGUUUGGGCAGUGUUGUUUUAUUUUUGUUUUUAUUUUUUUUUGCACAUCCUGCACUCAGCGGUUAAAACACACCCUGAAACUCACAGCAGCAACAAAGAAAAUCUGUCGAGCAACCUUUGGGAUUUUCUUUGUUGUUUCUACGGUGGAAAAGAUUUCGCCAUGCGACACAGGAUGAGGCAAACGAGUGAAAUGUCAAAAUCCUGUGUAACUCUAAAAAUAACACAACACAAGGGUUGCCAUUUGAGGACAUCAGAGGCACACGAUCGAGUAUGGAACAGAUAAAUACAAACUGUUCUUUAUACCCAGCAGCAACCGGAGCGGAGCUGCCAACUGUCCUCUGCUGAGAAUAGAGAGGAGUGGGUUUUUACAAAUGUUUGUGUGUUUAACAUUUUAGGAUCAGAAAUGUGAAUUUAGCGCUCUUAUCCUCACAGUAGAUGAACAACAGGAGGCUCUGCAUCAGUUAUUACACACCAGGUCAAAGCACAGUCAUGUAUAUUGCCUGUAAAUUAAUUAUUAAUAUACAUAUGACAUAAUAGCUUUGAUGAUGGUGCACAGGUCAAAGUUACUUAAGUAUUACACGGAAUUCUUAACACAUAUAUGGCCAAUAAAACAAGGAUAGCAAACCUCAAAUGACAAGUUUAUUGGUUUAUUAAUGUUGUACUGCAGAGACAAAACAGAAAGACCCUGCCUCAACCUAAAACAAGUGAAAGAAAAAAUAAAAACACACCCAUGAUCUCAAAUAGCUGCAGCCAAAUAUCAGACACCGUCUUAGUCCUCCACAGUGUUUGCCUUUCCUCUCAACUAGUGAUGGGGAUCCGCUGUUUACUCUUGACUUGAUAUAAGACAAAACAAUACAUGCUAACAAUACAGUGAUUCUGCAACGUCUAUUAUUAUUUAAGACAAUCAGAUAAUGAUACAUCACAAUAUCCAGUUAACUGAAGAAUACAAGACGCACAAGACAGAUGAAACCAUUUUAGCCUGACUAUAAAAUUAACUAAGCUUCACAUCAGCUGUGAAAUUAGAGAUAAAAAUACACUUUUCUCAAAAAAGAACCACAUUAAAGAUUGAAAAUUCUCAUUUUAGUGCUUUUAAGUACAGAUGUGAGUCCUGUGCCUCACUCCUGUCUCUGUAACUCGUAAAGUCCACUCAUCCCAGGUGAGAGAAACUCUACUUUCAGACCUGAACGCAUCCUCCACUUUCUUCCAACUUCUUCCACCACUAUCUGACAUCAUCCUGCAGUCUGUUCUUACUAUGCCACCGUCAUCCUCUUCUUCGUCACGUCACCCUGCCUCAUGUCAUUGGCAGCAUUGUGAGGAGUUGUAGAGUGAUGCAGUGAUUCAAACUGGCAGAGAAAUGUUUUAUUAGCAUUUUUUUUUAAAUAAAAUAUUUAAAUUUUAUGAUGAUAUUUUGCUGUAUUGACAUUCAGAAGUCAUAGGUGGACACAGAGUCUAUCUUUUAUAUUUGCUAGAUCAGUUUUUUAUUUAAUACUGUUUGGAAAAAGAUGAGGAACUUGAAGCUUCAUGGCUACACAUGGAUCCCAACAUUUUCUAGAUAAUCAUUAAAAAAUGCUAUCCUUGUACCUGCAUGGCCUCAAAGUGUGUUAAAUGACUGAUUACAAACUCACAUUUAAUGAACUCAGUUUUUAAUCGAAGUAAUUUCCUGAAUCGAUUUGAACACACGGGGUUAUUUGAGCGAGUAUUUUGCUAAAUCCGAACAUCUGCUGUGAUCAUUUUCUACACACAGUUUGUGAUUCAGUCAGUAUUAACAGCAACAGGAUGGUGUCAGUGGGAUAGACUCAAAAUAAACUGUAUAGUGGUCUUUUAAAUGAGGAAAAUAUGUCCUCCUGCUGAUGUCUUUAUGAUCAAACAUGGAGGUCUUUGUCACAGUGUAUUGAUCAGAAAUAUAGAUAUUCAAAUAUGUACAUAUUAUAAAGCAAUAGAGUCAAAACCUUACUCUUGUUGCUAAAUAUUCCCGUUUAUAAAGGGAUGGGUGUUGCCAAAAGAUUUACACAGACUCUAAAUCAUAUUUGUUUUGCUUAUAAGAUUAGGAUUAAAGUGCGGGAUAAAUGGCUCAGCAGGUCUUAAUUUUACUGGAUCUGUUAUUGGACCACUUGGACCAGGUCACUUUGGGAUAGGCACUAAAAUUGCUGCCUAAAUUUUCAAGCGCAGCUACAAGGCCUGGGUCCUCUUUGGUUAUGUGUGUGUGUGUGUGUGUGUGUGAGGCUUAGAGAUAGCCAUUGCAGCUGAUGGCGAAAAAAUGUCAGAGGGUUAAUCCGUAACCUCCCCUCCCUCCUCUCCACCGCUGCCUCGCUGUCUCUCUGCCUGCCUCACUCGCCUAUUUUCCUCUCUCUCUCUCUCUCUCUCUCUUUCUGUCUCCCCAUCACUCCUUGUUGUUAUGCACAGUGCAAUGGUGUCCCGCGGGGCUGCACAUUGCUGUGGACAUGAUGUGAUUUCUUGUCUCCUCUCAGAUAUAAUAUGCUGUAGUCUCGGGCCUCUGAUGAACUUGCCAGUGUUUGGAAGUCAUAUAUUGUCCUCCUUUCGCCCCCUUUCUUCUUUUUCCUCCUGUCAUCGCUAUUUUCUGUCCAUCACAGAUUACGUGCGCAUGGCUGCCUGAUCUUCAGAUGGCGUGAUAAAUUGAUUCAGAGGUGGAGCAUGUCGAGGGCAGGCUGCUCUACAGGUUUGAUAUCCAAGUAACAGGUCAGCGCUGAAGAGGUGACGUCAUUAAAGAUGUUUUCUCACUGUAACUGAUGUACAGCCUGUGCUAAGUAUAUGAAGUGCAGUGUGUUCAAUCUGACUCGAGUGAGAAUACUGCUUUGUUCCCCCCCUCACACACACACACACACUCAUAAGCAUUAGUCUUCACAUCUCCUGGGGUCCUCUCUGUUGUUGCCCUUGAUAAUAAUCACUUAGUUGGAUUUGUCCUAAUGUGAUGACAAAGACUGAAAGCUGCGUUCAGAAGCAUGACGUGAAUGUUCUGGCCUUGCGAGUCUCUCGCCACAAUUAGGAAAAUUGCAUGGAUGCUGUCUCUAUUAAUCUAAUGUGGGAAACAGAGGGGAGGAGAGGAGCUUUUUUUGUUCAUUUUGGGAGAUCUUCAUGUACUAAGCGCACGCAGCUCUGGGAAGGGGAAAGAAGAGAGAGGAUAGAAGAAAAAGUGACCAGCUGAGGGUGAAGCUGACAGAGAGGGAGUUUUCUGUUUCAGGGGAGGAAGAAAACAAGGUCAUACAGAUCAUAUUCUGACAGCAGAAAUGUCUUUACAGAGAUAGAUGUGGCAUACUUCAUAAUGCUCUCUUCCCUAGAGGGAGAACUCGGGAGGUUCUUCUUAAGUGAAAGCGCUAACAUGCCGAAAGAUACUAAGGUGAAAAGGUAAAAGUUCAUUCUAACUUUUUGGAGUAGAAGUAUGCAAGUUUUAUAUAAGUUAACGUCAACGCCUUUUGUAACUGUUUUUGCAUUAAUAGGGUGAUUUUUUUUUCCUGGAAUUGGCUAUAAGUAUCCAACUGACAGGGCUAUGAAUACAGGAGUCCUUAAACACGGCUGUAGUCUAUUCUCUGAUCCAUUCAGUGUCCAUGUGCCAUUUCUUUUUUGUAGAUCUCUAUGUCAUAAGCUACAUAUUUUUGUCUUCAACUUCUCUUACCUUUUCAUCAUUGUUAGUUUUCCUACUGUGAAUUCUUUUUCCUGUGCGUUGACAGGUUGACACUAAAGUACUUCACUAUAUGUGAGCUGCAUCCCUCACAACUGCCUGAUCUUCACAUCCACAAACAGCAGACCAUUGCUGUGAAAUGUUGCUGUGUACUGACCAAUUAGAUUUGAGUAUACAGCAGAGCCUUGUAAUGAUAAUAAUAAUUAGAAAAUAUGUAAUUUCAGUCAACAUGGCAUAUUUAACUUUGACAGCCUCAUGUCUCCCCUGAGAUCUCUGUUUUCCCCCCUAGGUUCCCUUGGGUUGGGGACCAAUGGUCUAAUCGUAUACUUCACUGAUGAUAAAUGUCUUUAAUAAGCUUACACCAGCAAAAACACCAGUAAUGAGAGUUUUAUUAAGAAGUAUUGACUGUGCAGCAUUAAAAAAAUCAUAAUAUUAAUGGAUUGGGCCACUUGUUAAAAUUCCACACUCAUCCUUCUAUGUAACUUUCUGGCCUAUCUUACAAUAGUAGUUAUUACUGGGACCUGACUGAUUUAUCGGCGAGUCCAUUAAAUAGGCCAAUUGAAGCCCGUUUGAGACUUAUCGGUAAUUGGCCAAAACUCGCUGAUUUUUGCAGAUAUUUUCAGACAUUGAAGCACCAUGUAAUAUGCAAGCUAAAGUUAGAGUUAGCCAUCUGCUAUUAUUAGCCGUGCCAGUAACGGUAGAAUAAACAACAGUACACAAUACGUGAUCCAGCUACUUCUGCAGUAGCCUACAGUAUAUCUACAGUAUCGACUUUGGCCCCCAAAAAUCCAUAUCUGUCGGGCCCUAGUUUUUACAUCACUUAAGUUAUCUGAUAGCUUUAGUUGUUCGUUAAAUAACAUUUAAAUAUCUUUUUUUAAGAGUUAAUUAAAUAUCUGAAAAUGAUCUCACUUCCUCAGCCGUAUGAACUAAGAACGCAGAGAUGCAUUGGUCCAACAUUGAUAUUUGUCCUGUUUACAGCCCAUUCAAAAAUGAUGUGCCCUGUCGAUAGCCAACAUUAAUCUACUGUGCUACAUCAGUUUCAUACUGACAAGCCGGAGUAACAAAGUGCUGACUCAGAGGAGCGUUUUUUAUUGAAUGGGUAACAAAUUCACCUGUUGGACACGCUGAUUUGUUUCAUGCUCUCUUCGAAAAAGACAAGCAGCAUGAAGUUUUUAAGACUUGUUCUAGUGAGGAGGGACUACUAGCAGCUGUUUAAAUAAAUCAAAUCAUGAGUAGAGAAGUGAAGUAGCAGAAUAUUUAUCCUGUCAGUUUGAUAUACCAGCUGUCUUUAAAAGCGUACAAGUAAUCUAAGUUUAGCCAAUGUUGAAGUUUAUUUAAAUGAAUUAAUCAACACUAAUAAAACUAUUCACUUUAUAUUCCAAUAACUGAUUUAAUGCCACGUAUCAAUCGGAAGUGAGAGAUGGUGUGAUCGUGAAUUCUUAUUGAGUCCUUCAGAAUAUAAGAACAAGAUCGGCGGCUGAACAUAUGAGCUGUAAAGAUUUCUUUCAUUUCAGGUGACUGUAGGGAUUCACCUGAGAAUUGCUGAGGUUAACCUUAAUAUACUUCAUGUAGACUCAGCCUCCCUAAAGCUGCUCAGUCUGUGCUGUGCUGAGCUUUUUGGCUCCGUUGUUAUUGAAGUGAGCUCUAUUGAGCCGUUCUGCUCCUUCAAGUAAAAGCUGAAACAACAUCUCCUGACUACCGAAAGCAUUAACAAUUUACAGAGACCGGUGAUGUAAUUCAGAAUGUAACUGUAAAUGUAAAUGUAAAUGUCAGCCCUGAAUUGUAACUGAAAAUCAGGUUAGGCUUAUUUUUAAACCUAAGAAAAAUGCCCCACUUUUGAGGCAGAGCCGUGAUCCAAGGGAGCUAAGCAAGAUUUUUUUUUUCACGGAGAAAAGAAGUGUUCACAAAAGAAUCCUCUUGGUAAUUAAUUACUCAUUUAAAUAUCUAAUUAAAUAGAUGACAUGUCGAAAAACACUGUAAUAUUCAUUCAUUUGCACAAGACAAGCACCAUUAUGCUAUCAUGGUCUGAUUAAUCCUGUAACCAGACGAACACUUCCCUCAUUCUUUGACUGUUAAAACAGUUAAAGGCGCACAAAGUUAAUAUGAAAACGGGGUCUGUUUGAGCCAAGAGCUUGAAAUUAAGCACAUAAACCUCUUAGUGGCUGGAAAAACAGUUUUUAGGGCACAUGAAAAUUUAGCAGAUUUUCUUUGCCACACUCUAUUUUAAGCACAACUAAAAGUGGAAAGUGCAAUUAGCCUUUGUUGGGUUGAUAUUGCAUAACAAAGAGGCUGCAGAUCUUGUGCGUGUAAAGGUUAAGCAGGGCGUUGCUCUUGACUUUUUCAGUUGCAGAGUGAUUGAGGGUUGAUUUGCAGCACGACAGUAUUGAGGUCUCUGCUCGGCGUGUGCAUGUGUCUUUCCUCCUCCGUGGUGCUGUGUGAGAGAGUGCGUGUGUGUGUGAUCUGAGAGACACAGAGGAAACCUUCCACCCUGUGGUUGCGCUGCACCGCUGCAUCCUGCUCUCUGCUCGCUGCUCUUGCCAGCUCGACUGCUGCCUGCAUCCGCCCCUCGACGCGUCUUCGCAGCUCCCAGUUUGACCUCAUUAUCACCAUCAUUACCAUCGGUAUUAGUAGCUGCAGCCUUCAUCAUCAUCACCCUCAUCAUCACCAGGAUCUUUAUGACAAUCACCACCAGCAGUGGGCAUGAAAAGUGCGAUCACCACCGUCGUUAUCAUCCUCACUGUGCUGUUAUUAUUAUCACUCUCAUCAUUCUCACUGAUGAAAUGAAAGCAGAUGCUGGAAUAUGUUUCUCUUUUUUUUUUUUUUGCGCCCUAACUGUGUGUUGUUGGCGAGCAUGCUGCAGGGGCGUCGCACAGAAAUUGCCUCCCCUUCCCUCUCCUUCUGAGACUCGUCCGUCCGCCACUUGUGCGCUUCACUCACUGUUAAGUACGCUGUGAGACAUGUGCGCAUUGUGUUCGCUCACAAACGCACCCCCUUGUAUGUGUUACUCCUCUGAAUAUUUCAGGAGGAGGGGGCUGACAAAAUUCAGGCAGAAACAGACCGCUGAUGACCUCCUUCUCAUCGCCUCCUCUCUCUCUCUCUCUCUCCAUCUCUGCUCCCCUCCUCCCUGCGCUCAUCGCACAUUCUCCCAGGCUUCCCCGCUAUUUCUCUCACUGUCUUCAUCUUCCCCGUCUCAUCACUCUCUUCUCCCCUUCCCUCCCCCACUGUUUAUCACACCCUCUUUUCUUCAUUCCUCCUUCAUGUUACAAGUGUGCACCCCCUCUUUUUCUCUCCUUAUUCCCCAGGUUUCUUGCAUCUUCCACCCACCUGUCUGUCCUUUCAUCCUACUCAUUUGCUCUUGUGUCUCAUCGCCUCUCUCUCUCUCUUCUCCACCUUUUCAUUCAUCCUCUCUCUCACUCUCUCACUUUUUCCUUCCUCUGUUCUCUCCCCCCGUCUGCCUGCUUGCCUGCUUGCUCGCCUGCCUUCCUGCCUGUCUGUCUAUUCCAUAAAGGGCUGUCUGAGGCCUCAGCUCUGCUAAUUCAUUUGCUGUGCAUCGCCUCACAUAUCUGCAGGGUCAGGCAGACAGACAGCGAGAAGAAGAGAGAGAGGGGAGAGGAAGGAGAAGGAGGACGGGAAGAGAGAGGGACCAAGAAAAGAGGACAUGGGAGAAAAAAAAAAAGAAGCAGUUUUAUCUCCAAGAAACAGAAAGCCAGAGCCAGAUCCUGUGGUGGUGUAUUCCACAGUCUCUCUCUCACAACAUACACAGGAGCUUGCCAUGACCUCCUUCUGCUCACUGCUUGCUUUGUCAUUUGGUUGUUCAGCUUUCUGCCUUCCCUAAUACUUGAACCACAUUGCUGUUAUUGUCUCUGCUUGUGGAAGAAUGUACGACAUGUAUAGAAUUAUGUGAGCAUGUUUUUUGUUGUUGUGCUCGGGAGGAAUAAUAGCAAGAUAGUGACUGCAGGAAUUAUCAGCUGCUUUAGAUUCAAGCGUCUCCUGCUGAUAAAUCUGUGAUAACAAAAGGAAUAUAUUUACACCUAAAGUGACCACAUUGGUCUAUCAAGAGAUACUGCGUUGGCUCUGAUUUACCAGCUUUCUGUCAUGAAGACCCAGUCUAAUUUUUAUGUAGGUGUGUGUAUGAAUGCUGUAUGAUGAGAUUUUUGCAUCACUGACACUGCACUGUUAAUACAGAAAGUACUGAGGGUUAAAUAUUUACACCAAUGAUGAUGAAAACAAGGAAGGAAGAGCACUAUAUAUGGGGGAGAGUGGGGUAAGAUGAGCCAUUCUUCAUAUUUCAGAUCACUACAUGAAGGCAAUCAUAGUUUGUCUCUAACUAGUGUAUCUAUAUAUUUCAAGAUGUUGUUCAUCCCUGCAAACCAACAGAAUGAGUGUAAACAGAACUGUCUUGAUAAUAUAGCAUGCCAAAAAAAAGUGGUCUCCUAUGGUCAACUUACCCCAUACACGGGGUAAGUCGACCAUAGGAGCGGGGUAAGUUGAGCCAUAUCCCUACUACCCCCCACUCUCCACCCAGCCCUCCCUCACCUUCUCUCUCCCUAAAUAACAGUCACUUCUUCACAUUCAUGUGUAUUUUUCUCUAUUAUACACUAUUCAACUGGUACAGUGUCCUUGGGUGUCCAGAAAGGCACUUUUAAAUAAAUUGUUUUAUUAUUAUUAUUACAAUAAUUCUUUUUAUUAUUAUUACAUGCAACUACUGAAAAGCUGUUUUGUAAAAAGCCAUUUUAACAUGAGAAUGCCUUUAAGUGAUUCAGAACAUUCACAGUUGUAUUUUUUAAAAGAAAAAGUAACACUCUUCAACAAUCUGAACUGAAACUCUGAUCCUCUCACCAGACUCCUUUACUUUUUUAAUUGAGCCACAGACUCAACUUAUCCCUGAACUACUAUGAUGACUUUAGUCCUCUAAACUAAAAUGGUGGACUUUUAUGCUAGGUUUUGACCUCAUGUUGUAGCUCAUAGAUACCACAAUUGAUUGGUCUGAACUAGGCCUGGACGAUAUAGAAAAAAAGCAUAUCGAUAAAAAAUAAAUCAUAUUGAUCGAUAUCGAUAAUUAUCGAUAUAAUUAUUAUAAUUAUUUAACAUAUAUUUUAAUUGCAGCCCUUGAUGUUUUAUGCUAUUGCUUAAUGACCUACUUUUAAUAAAGAACACACAGGCACUGAAUUCAAAUUCAAACCUUUAUUUAACCACCUUUUUUUAUUUUACCACAACUGAAAGUUUUUUAAAAAAGAACUAAAAAAAAAAGAAAUCAACUUAAGUGGCCUGAGUGACGUCAGUAAAUACUGACAAACAUAAAGACUAAAGUGACCAGAAAAUCUGAUAAAUAAAUAUUUAAGUAGUCUUUUGAUUAAAAUAAACAAAACAAACAAAUAUAUAAAUAAACAGAAUAGCUUUAGGUGGGAAUAGCAUACUACCAGUUUUAACUGUGUGGGAAACUGCCCACAGCCUGGUGUCUGAACACUGAAAUAUUUCUCCCGGGGUCGGGAGAUUUAUUUUUUUUAAUUAUCAUGUGAUUGACUUAAUACACAAACUAAGCACGAGAAGCAGGACUUAUCCACGCCGGUGUUGUGUCGUAGAAUGCACCCCUGCCGAAUGCACCCCCUGCUAGUAGCCAUGAUCCAAAUACUCGCGUCUUUGUAAAAUAUGAGCUCAUUUUCUUCCACUUUAAGAAGCUAAUGAGUGGACGGGAACGUAUUUCCUCCGCACCCUUCUCACCUUUUCAACCCCUGACCCAUUUUCAUGCCUGAAGCGCUGUGUUUGAGAAAUACUUGCGGCCGGGCACUUCAUAUCGCGGGUCGAGAGUGGCUAGAAGCUGGUCGAAGCCAGGCUUUUCAACGGUAGUUAUUGGCAGUAUGUCCCUCGCUAUGCAGCAUGUUACUGCAUGGGUGAUGUCCUUAUGCCGCUCGGACGCUUUGUCGUAUUUUGGCAAGAAACGAAGUCCAGUUUGGUCUGCUUCACAUGCUUUGUGCUGGUGCUGGCAGCGGUUCCAGAGGAUUCCUCCGACGAUGACGUGGAGCCGCGGCGCGGCCGACACAGCUCGUACUCCUGCGGGUGCGAUCGGUUUAGAUGAUAAAACAAGUUGGUUGUGUUACCAGACUUGGUUUUUACUAAUUCUAAAAACCAAAACAUUGCCAUGCUGGUGAACUACUGAAACCUUUUUUCGGGACAAUGUCCUCCGCUUCUCCUUGCUGUAUCAUUUUUUCUAAUACACGUGCUGUCUGUUGUGGUUUGAUAGGGGCUGGGCUUGGUGCCGUAGCGUACCUGGGUCUGCGUUUGUGAUUGGUUGGGAGGAAGUAAUGACUGUAGUAAAAGCUACAUGAUAGGCUAUGAUGAAAAAGAAAGGGAAACUGUGUUUUUCUAUCGAACUUUUUAUCGACCCGUUUUUUUUCUAUCGCACCACACGUCUAUCGAUCGAUAUAUAUUGUUAUCGAAUUAUCGUCCAGCACUAGUCUGAACACAAUUCUAAUAAAACUUAUGACAGACUCAAUUCCCUUUAAGAGUGAAAAAUGUUUUUUUAGGAAUAAUGUCUCACCCCUUCACCCAUGAGCUUCUAACCUUCAUAGACUCCAUGAAUUGAUGCCCAUCUCCUAAAUAUUUGGUCACAUGAUCAAUUUCUUUUACAAUUUCCAAGCAACAGAGGGUGGAUCAACUUACCCCACUCUCCCCUAUAAAAAAGAUGUUUUAUUAUUCAUCAUCUAUUAUCAAUAUUUAUAGAUCAGAAACUAAAUAUUAAACUAUUAUGUUAGUGUUUUACUUUUUUUUCCCUUUUGUGUACACUGUUUAUACAAGUUGAAACUAGAUAUAUUGUUUAUAGCUUAUUUUUUUAUAUUUUUUAUAAUGGUACAGCUUCUGAUGUUAUAUCUUUCAAUAAGACAGAGACUAGAAUCUUCAUUUUUAUUUUAAUUUUGGGCUUUUUUUAUAAUGGGAGGACAGGAGAGUGGACAGAGCAGGAAAUAAGGAGAGAGAGAGCAGAUAAUGAUAUGCAGGAAAGGAGCCACAGGUUGGACUCAAACCCCAGGCUGCCUGUAUAUGGGGCACAUGCCUAGACCGCUAUGUAGGCGUGUUGUCACUCUUAGUAGUUGGCAGUAGAAUUACUAGUCGAUGUGACAAAUUAUCAAUAUUUUCAUUACUAAAAAGCCUGAGAUGCCAGUCAUUUGCUGUCGUGCAGAUCUGUCCCACUGGCAGGGACAAAUUCAAUUAAGCUAAUGGCCCGGAUGUAAACACACACAGAGAUAGCAGAGAUGACAUGUUGUAAUGCUGUGCUGUGCAGUUUGUAUAGACUGGAGCAUUGUCUAACCUGCAGCGGGAUGUGGACAUUAGUGUGCGAGGAGGACAGAGGGCUAGCAGUGUUAGGUCUGAUAAUGUUAUCCACACGGAGCUGACACCACUUAACUGACAGACUCAGAGAUCCAGUGAGAUCCAGCCAACAUUAUGUCCAACUAUGAAUGUUUUUCUCAAGUUUUAGUUGGUCAAUUAGUCUGAACAGUCAGAAACAACAAGGAAAGUAGUCACAUCCCUUACUUAUACGGCACAUUUCAUACACAAAGGGGUCUCUGUGUGCUUUUUAAAUUUAAAGACAAACCACAGAAGACAGACUAAAUGAUUAACAUUAAGACAAAAUACUAGGAUCAAGUUGAAACAUCAGUAAAGUAAGUUUACAUAUGAAAACACUUUGUCUUAUGGGUGUCAUAUCUUAUCAAAUCCUCCUAUACUAUACAGCACCAUGACCUGUUUUCUUGUAAUAACAGUUCUCAGUGAUAUGUAAUUAUAAGCCAAAAUUUUUCCAGCCAUGUUAAUGUGCCCCAUGUUAUUCAACCCCAUUCUGAAAGGGCUGAAGUUGUAUCGUGGAUUUUUUUGAAGGUCUACUUUAAGACCAUUCUAGCUGACAACCCAACUUGGGGAAAAAAUAGUCCAAAGUUGCUAAGAAUAACAUCAUACGUAUUACAUAUGAAACAAAAAGUGGAUUAACUCAACUUUCUAAGACUCUGAGUCAUGAAUUUGCUUUCAAAGAGGAAUAAGGAGCGCUGGUUUUACUCAGUUAGUAAGCAGUGCCCUGUGAGGCUGGUGUCCUUAUCCAAGUGAUCACAGGACUGAUACCAGGUCAUGCCAAGACUUUGCAUGUCAUCUCACUUGCUCUCCCCACAUUUCCUUCUCUCCUCUCAAAGCCAAAAAUAUUCUUUAAAAAAUGUAGAAAAAUCUGAACUGUUACUUUACAGCUCUAAACAUAAGAGGAAAUUGCAUGUUUGUACCUGUAUACUGUAUGCACUUGCUUAAGCGUCAGGGUGCACUGAUCACAAUUUUCUGGCCGAUCACUGAUCUUAAAAAAGCCUGAUCUACCGAUACCGAUUAACUGACAACAUACACCUUCGAUGCUCCAAUCUUAUUUUAAUGGAAAAACAUAAACAGUACUUGUGGAACAAUACAAACCUCUUUGUGUUUGCUUAAACUGCACAUGAGGUAGUUCUCUCAAAUAGAAAUAAAAAGUUUAGAGUAUUGCUGUCCAAACUACAAAAUUAUAUCAGUUCCUUUUUCGUCUUUUAUUUUCCACAUUUUAAAUACUAACAAUAAUUGUGCGGCAGGUCACACUGCAGGCCUGUUUUGAGCCUCUUACCAAAAUAAAGUGCACAGCAGUAUUUUGCUUUUACAAAUAAAGAAAAUCACAAGGUUUGAGGAAGUUCGUAAAAUAAUAAUCUACAGGACAAGCUAAAAUGGUGGGCGGGCCUGUGACUGUCAUUCUGGCAAAAGCAAAAAGCUACAACGGCUGACUUUCAAACCUUUGCUGAGGUAGAUAAGAUCGGUGGAUAAAAUCAGUUUUAUAUGUAAGGAUCAGCCAAUCCCCCAAAAUUUAGGAAAUCGAUUUAUUGGUGCAUGUUUACUUAAGUUAGAUAUCUAGCACCAGUUCAUCUUUAUUGCCUUGGUGUUUUGCUGAACAUUGCUAAGUUUAAAACGUGCAAUAGUCCAAAACUGAGCAAUAAAAUGACAAAACUUUUUAUGUAUCUGUCUAAACUACGCAUAGAGUGAGAGCUGAUUUGAUGGGGACUAAGUGUAUGUGCUAGUCAGUGAUAGUGGAGGUACCAGAGAUACAAGGAUAUGAGGCAUAAGUAAGGUAAAAGGAGAAGGGUGCUAGUUUGGCUUAGUGAUUAAGUUGCUUGACCUGCUGCAGCCCCGCUCCGGCAUGUUGCUCCUCUUUUUCUCAUUCCCUGUUUCCUAUCCUCUCUGAAUAAAGACACAAAAGCUCCAAAUCCAGCUUGAAAAGGUAAAAGUGUUACCUUGUUUGUAGUACAAAAUCAAAACUGGACGUCCUGCUGUUCAAACACCUGAAAAUCUUAUUGUUAGUGUUUGAGCCCCUGUUGAUGGGAGAGAAAAACGAACCUGCUCUGCCACCAAAUAAAGUGUGACAGCAGCUGAUCUGGACUCUCUGUCAGUGAGACACUACUCAGGGGAGCUCAGUUGGUUUUUCCAGUUAAACUAACACAAGUCUCUCUGGCUAGUCAAAUGAAUGUUCUGGUGUUGUUUGAUCUUUUUUUAACAACAAAAAGAAAGAGUGUGAUGAAACCUUUCUUGGCACGCUUGCACUUGCUGCCUUGCAAGGUGUUCUAUUUUCUGUGCAUUAUUCUGCUUCUAAUGAGUCAAAAAUAGAAACCGAUAUGUCAGAAACAGACAGCAACAAAAAGCCAGAGGCAAACCAAGCGCGCACAAACACACACCGUCUCACUCUCUGCAGCAUUUCUUCACUUUGUUUUUAUCUCUUAUGUCACUCAUGUGUUGUAUCUCUGUCUCUUUCUUUCUCCAUUUGCAUCCCUGCAGGUUUUCUUGUGCAGACAGUCCGUGCGGCAGAGUUCAAGCUCAAGUGGAUAGUGAAUGAGUGAGAAAGUGGCAGCGGGUGACAUGGACGAUCAAGGGACGGAUCUUGAAAACCCCCCCUACCAAAACCUGCUGCUCCUGGGAGCCAUUGCAGCAGCAUCUGCAUUUGUGGUCACCAUCCUGAUCGUCCUUGUAUGCGUCGGCUGCCAAAGGUAAGAGUACGGUCACAAAACUUGAAAUUUUAAGAGUAUGGGCGGAUUAAAAAAGAAGAAAAAAAGGAUACAACAGGCAAAGUUGUAUCAUCUGUGCCGCAGGCUUUCGUGCCCUCCCAGAUCACUCUCAUCAUCCGCCCCUUCUUUUAUCUGCCCUUACUUCUUCUGAACUCUUCUCCUCCCUCCCUCCAUCGCUCCGUCCAUUUGUCUGUCCUCUCUGUCUCUUUUAUCCCCUGCUCCGAGCAGAGAAGCAGUAAUGAAUGUUAAUGGCUGUGAGUGUCAGAUCAGAUGAAAUGAUGUUUACGGGACACUGAGGAGACAGGACGGAGAGUCAGAGCGGCCUCACGCCAUCAUUCCCUUCCCCUCUGUAUGUGGAGGCCUCCUGCUCAGGAAAAAGCAAUGGAGCACCCUGCGGUUUAAAGAGGAUCAGACUCAGAGCCAGGCAGGAGCAAUGGAGCAGGCUUUGUUUUUGUCUUUUUUUUUUUUUUUUUAACCCUCAGGGACCAAUCAGGGGCUGCUUUGUGGCUUUGUUGCCAUGGGAUACACAGAUAAGGAUGUAGAGAAAUGUCAAUGCGGCUCAUUUCAUGGAAAUAAAACCACGCUACUGUCAAGAUGUAAUGAUAAAAUGUUUGCUCUUUAUCGCUCAGCUGUUCAAAUUCACUUUGUCUUCCACAAACACGAUACAUCCUGUAAAAGAGAGACUUAACCACUAUUGAUUUCCUUCUAUUGACUUAAAGACAAAUCAAUCCUUCUCUCGCUCUCCUCUAUUCUAAGGAUUAUGGUAGACACCUUGUAAGGUCUUUAUCUGAAACCUCCAGAAUAAUGGUUGCUGCUCUUUCUACGUCUUCAUUCCAACUUGAUAUUUCUGGACUAAGACCUUCCUGCUUCUCCGUGUUAUGACAACUCCCAGGGGAGCUCCCUUCACCUUCGAGUGGUCCCUUUGGGGUGUGAUAACCAUAUGCUUGUAGGAAUAGGACUGAGCUCCAACUCGGGUUCAGUAAUGUGAAUCCGACAUGACUGAUUGUUGUACUUUUUAAUGUUCCGACAUGAUUCAAGCACUUUGUAAAAUAACAUGAUAUAUUCAUGAUUCCUGGAACGGUUUGUAAGCUAGAAAAGAUGAGGUGAGGAUAAAAAGAGGGGGAUGGGAGUUGCAGAGUUGUCACGUUCACACCUGCGCCCAGGAGCUUUUGUCUUCUCAUUUCAUCUCCUCACAAUCUCACCAUACCAACAGUCUCCUAUAGCUACAACCUCAAGGGAUCCACAAGGAUGCAUAACACCACUCUUCAAACAUUUGUAGCAAACAAUUAAAACCAGAGGGUGGUAAAGUGAGAUGGCAGAGGGAGUUAGCAUCAAGGAAAGAUGAGAACUUGGUUUUUGUUGUGAAAAGAAGUAUAAAAAUAAGGUUUCUCAGUGAAGGACAAACUCCACUCUGGCAAAAAGAAAAAAAAAGACUGAGUCAUGCUACACUCACUGUUCGACUGGGCUUUUGUUACUAACCAAGGACUUUCAUGCCCUGACCAGAGUUGGACUCUGAUAGCAUCUUUCUGCUCCGAGUGUGUGUAUGUUUUUCUCCCUGUCCACCGGCUCAUGUUGACCUUCCUCUCUUUGAUGUUGUGUCAGAAAAAGCAAGAGCAAGCACCCCCCAGCAGGAGAGAAAGGGACUUCUGUAAAUAUGGUGAGACAUGCUUCCAUUUUACUCCCUCCCAUCCUAGUCAAAAUUUACUUUUUGUUUCCAUUUUACUCCUUCCUUUUCUCGUCCAAUUUAACUUUUUGUUUCCAUUUUACUCCUUCCUAUCCUCGUCCAAUUUUACUUUUUGUUUCCAUUUUCCUCCCUCCUAUUCUUGUCCAAUUUUACUUUUUUUGUUCCCAUUUUCCUCCUGCUUAUCCUCGUCCAAUUUUACUUUUUUGUUUCCAUUUUCCUCCCUCCUACCCUUGUCAAAUUUCACUUUUUGUUUCCAUUUUCCUCCCUUCCAUCCUAGUCCAAUUUUAUUUUUUGUCUCCAUUUUUCUCCCUCCUAUCCUUGUCCAAUUUUACUUUUUGUUUCCAUUUUAUCCCCCCAUGUCUCCAUCAAAUACAGAUGCUGAUAGAUGACGUGCAUGUUUUAUGCGUGUAUCAACCUGUCUAUGUGUGUGACAGCAGGGCACACUUCGACACCCGAAACUAAACUCCAUGAGUAAAUCUGACACCAGGCUGCAUGAGAUCAAUCGCUUUCCCUGCAACGGAAACUGUAAGUGUUUAUUGACGCUUGUCUGUGAAAUUUUAAUGCAACACAACCUUUAGCUGUCUCAUUAUUUCACCCAUCCAACCCUUUUUCGUCUUUGCGCAGCUGUGAGCAAAAGCCGUCCAGCCAGCAUGGACCUCCUGCUCCUCCACAGCCGACGCUCACAAACAGACCUGAGGCCCUCCCAUGGGCGCCAGCUUCCCCAGAUCCCCACAAGUCCGCAGGGAUCCAACCAGGGGGGAGGUGGGGAAGCAGGGAGUGAUGGGGGAGGAGGUGGAGGUGGAGGUGGUGGAGGAGGAGGUGGAGGAGGAGGGGAGACGAGAGACCACACCUACACAGAGGUGGGCAUAAGGAACAACCCCACACCUACGCACUGCCUGGAUGACGGCUUAUAUGAAAGUGUAGGCGUCCGAGAGGGUGACACGGCGCCGAAGGUUCCCUCUGCCCCGCCGUCCACGUCCUCCAACAGCACUCCAGUCAGAGCUGCACAAAGCCCUCCAGCUCAGACCACUGGAGUUCGUGGUGGGAACGGGCACGGAAAUGUAAGCGCACACAAAUCACGAUUGGAAGUAAAUCACUUUUAUGGGUCAAAUCACAAAAUUUGUCAUUGGUUAAUUUUUUUUGCCUCUAAAUAAUUAUCUCUGUUUUUGAGUUUCUAACUUUGAUUUGUUUUUUACUUACAUCUUUAAGAAGUAAAAAAGAGUGCCUCUGUGUUUUUUAUUUUUCUAUAAAGGGUGGCAGAGGGAACGGCAGAGGCAAUGGCCUCAUAAAUGGACCGAUGACGGGAAGAAGUAACGGUGCGAAUGCAGUCAACAGGUCCCCUCUGUCGUCUGUCAACUCCCUGGCCAGCCACGAUCCGACUGCAGCUGAGUACGCCUCCAUACGGAAGUUCAGAAAGGUGAAAAUACACAUAAAUUUCAAUCAGAACAAUAGCACUGUGAUGCUAGCACCUGAAGUUGAGGGAAAUGGAAGGAAUUUAUUUUCUUUGUUGGCUGCGGUGAUCAGUUUUGUUAUCUCUUAUGCAAUUUGAUGGUAUCUAUGGUAGUAAAAGACGGUGUUUGCUUGAUCGCUAUCAGUACAAGGAAAAAACUGGUUGAAACAGCAAGUAUUGUGACAUAGUUUAAAGAUGAUGAAGGAUAAGAAAGAAAAUGCUAGUUUACUGCGUACUAGCUCUGAAAAAUAAGGCAAUGAAUGAACCAAAACUGCAUCUUAAACACAGUGCUUCAUGGGUAAAAACAUAAAUCUAGUCAUGCACCAGAGUUAUCUUAAGGCUAAGCUGCAUUUUAAGUCCCUUGGUGGGUCACAGUUUAAAUAUUACAUGGCUAAAAGUUUGGUGAAGAUAGCAUUUAUUAACUCAUUUAUGAACUUAUAACUGUAGUCACGUACUUCGCUGACAUGUACCAGAGCUCCAGGUUAACUUGGUUGCACAGACUUUCCACUGUCUUCCUCAAUGGAGUAAGUUGUUUGUAAUGUUUUCUUGGCUGGCUCAAUACCUCAAGGUUGAGAAGACAAACAGGAAGGAGAAUAACGGGGCCGACAGCCAGUCAGACAGCCAAUCGAGCGUGAGUGAUUCACCCUCUGCGGCUCCUCCUCCGCUGCAUCGCAGUCAGGAGUUUCCACGGAAACCUCUGGAGCCGUUCCACCUUCACUCCUUCCCAAAGGUACAAGAAUCAUUGGAUCAAUAUGCCUUUAGACUAACCUCAGCAGACUGUAACGGUUUCUGUCUACCACCAGAGGGCACUGUCCACAAACAAACAGCUCUUUGGACGCUCAAACCUCAUGAUUAACAAAAUUUUACUCACUCAUUUCUUUAUUUUCUUUGGACUGGAAAUCACAUACCUACUCUGUAGUCAUCAGUCAUCGCCAGUGUGCAGAAUGUGUGAGAAUUUUUAACUGAAAAUGAUAUAUUAAUGAAUUUCUACACUGACCAAGGUUUUGUUUUUAGGAUUUCCUGUGUUAGUGUUUAAUUACAUAAAGAGGUGUGGGUGCUAAUACAACAGUCAAGGCCACAGUUUAGGGACAACCUGUGAGGGAAACAGACACACAAUGAUCGGAUGGCGAUCAGCCUUUCCCUUGGCACAUGUAUCUAUUUUUCAUGCAUUGUAUUUGUUUUGGCUUUUGUGUGUGUGUUUGUGUGUUUGGCAGUGUUUAAAACAGGUGACUUUGUUUUUUUGUGUAUGAGAUUGACAAAGACUGAUAAAGCUGUUUAAAGUUGCGUCUUGGCCGUGGGUGUCUGCCCGGUUGUUGUCCUGCACUUUUAAUCUUUGCUGCUAAACCCUUGAAAGUGCAUAACUCUCUGUGUUUAUGUGUGUGCAUGUGUGUGUGUGUGUGUUCUUGCCGCCCCUCUGCGCUCUGCUGCACCACACAGUAUUAGUAGCCAGAGUAAAGAGUGGAAGGAUUGGAUUAUGUAAGAGCUUGGCUGGCUGCCAAGCUGCCUGCGUGUAUGUCUGUGUGUUGCCUGUGUGAGUGUGUGAGUGUGUUUGCGUGCGUGCGUGCGGUGUGUUAGCGCGUGUGCCUCUUUUCCCAUAGAACCUAUCAGCAAGUCUGUGUAGAAAGCGCUAACAGGUAGCCAGCAGCCAGAGUGGGGAUAAAUAAUGUUCCCAUAUUGAAGCCAUUUACUCUGCCCCAGCUUCUAUUACUCACUCUCCUUGCACAGGGGGAGCAUAUAAAAGUUUAAUCAUCCUCAGUCGCAUGUGCACACACCACUACAUUCUUUCUAAUUGGUUUUCAAAUGGUUUCUAAUUGGUUUUGAUCACCAGGGGUUCUGAACAUUAAGGUCAGAUAACAGUUUUUGAUAACAUCUUUGAAGACAGAAAGUGCAAGAACAUUAUUUGAGCCGUUCUAUUUUUGCUUAGCGUAGCUUUUGUAAUCUGAGAAGGAGUUACGAACAGAGAAUUAUAUAUUUUUUUACUUGGCAGCGUUGUCUGUGUGUCACUGGAUCAGUCUGUCAGUCUGUCAUGUGGUUAUUUUUAACCAAAUACAUUUGCAUGAAAUCUUUGUGGAACAGUUGGUCUCACAGAAAGGAGGAACUAAUUAACUCCUGGUGAACUAUUAGCUAUCAUGGCUAACACUUUUUCUCUCUUUCUGAUGCACCACAGGCUGAUUUGUUUGUUUGAAAGCUGAUACUUCAACAUGGAGUGAAUACUCUCCAAAAAAAAGCCUUACGACAUGACUUGUUUUUAUGGUUUGAUUCUUUAGUAGUAGUCGUAGUAGUAGUAGUAGUCGUAGUCGUUUAUUCAGUCAUGACAACACCAAAUAUUGUACACAAUAUUGACAUUUCACACAAAAUCACUAAAUCAAGAAUCAUGUGUUGAAGAUUGACUGAAAAGGCGUAGGCAGAAGCAGACUGCAUAUAAAAGCCUAUCCUGUAUUGUCAACUUUUUAAGGCUACCGACCUCCAGAAAAGCAAAGAAACAGAUAAUUAAUCGCACUUGGAAGCUUCAAAAAUAGCUUUACAAACCAUUUUCUUAAAAACCAAAAAAGAAUGACAUGUUUUUAGAUUUAUGUUGGCAUCAUUCCAGAAUUUAACUCCAGUAAUAGAGACACAUCUCCUUUUCAUACCUUUUUUAGCUUUCUGUACAGUAAAUUCGAAAGGACCUCUGAGAUUAUACGGACAAAGAACCUCUGUAUUGAGUCAGGGAGCAUUUUUAAUUUUGCUCUAAACAUAAUUUGCAUUAUUUUAUAAUAAAACAGAUCAUAAAAUUUCAUAACAUGAGAAUUGAGAAAAAGUGGCUCCGUGUGAUCAUAAUAAUCAGUCUUAUUGAUAAUACGUACAGCUUGUCUUUGCAGUUUUAUUAUUGAAUUUAUAUUGAUUUUAAAGGUGGAUCCCCACAGUUCCACAGAGUAAGAUAUAUAGGGAACAACCAAAGAGUAGUAGAUCAAAUGCAAGGCUAUAAUUGCGCUAUACUUUAAUGACUGACUCGUACAGUCAAAGCAAAUGUGUCAUCCAUCCUUGACCUUUCACCUGCAAUACAUAAUCAAUCUCUCUCCUGGAGGAGUGCGUGCACAAGUUGCCAACUCUCUGCAACAUGGCAACUGUUUACCUAUUAAGUGAAUGUAUCAAAUGACAACUUUUGUAACUCACAGGUCUAAGGUUAGUUAUGUACCUCAACACCCUAUCAUACAUGAGGUCAUAGCUUUGAGUAACACUAAACAGGUCCAGCUGAUGUAAAAGUAGGGUGACCAUAUUCUGGCUUCCAAAAAAGAGGGCAGGACUACGCAGAGGCGGAGUCAUGAAGUCACACAAAGUUAAUUUUGGGUCGUAUCUAGCCUCUUUUACGCGCUUCUAACUCAGUAAUUCCACGUGACACAACUCGAAAUUUACAUACAAAACUGCGGACAUUUGAAGGGUUUUAAAAACUUCCCUGGACAAACCCGGACAGCCCCCAAAAGGAGGACAUGUCUGGGCAAAAGACUACGUAUGGUCACCCUAAUCAAAACACAUUUAGAACCUGCUCUAGCACUUCUGUUUGGGUGUGAGAGUUAAUUUUUCAAACCAGCUUAUGGCUUGUUAAUGUAAAAGUUGCUUGACCUUCUCUGUUUGCUGUGGUUUUAUUCCAGGAGGCAGUGUUUAUGGGCAACGGGGAGCAGUACAUUUGGAAGCCUCCAGAAGAAGAUGACAUAAUCACCUUACACCCACCUCCACUUCGAGGGGAGAACGGACAGGGGCACCCAUCGCCCCCAACUGCAAAGGAGGUAUUAUAGUGUACACAUAUCUGUUAAUAUACACAGAUAUAUAUGUAGCUCUCUCUCUCUCUUUCUCUCUGUGACUGGGGGGGCUGGAAGAACUCGGGGGCAGAAAGACGGACAGCCCUCUGAUUUGUGACUGCUGUGUUUACUCAUCGGGGCGCCCGUUUGAUUGGGUGCACCGUCAUAACACCGCUGCCCUGUGACCUGCCUGUCAUACGAGGUUUCUGCUUACAGCCAGAGGUUACGUUACACGGACGCAGCAGCCCCAACCCCCCGUGCCUGAACCCUGACCCACAUCCCCCCCACUCCCCGCCACCCCCUGCUCCUUCUGUCUCUCCAUUGCACAUAUCAACAGACGCAUCAGACACCAGCAUCACCUGCUGCAGAAUAAUUAAGUAUCGCCUUGCGUUCACGGAGAUGUUUGGUAAAGGUUAACUGUUGGGUUUCAUCAGCCCACACAGACCGAAAAGGACGAGCCCUGACUGAGAUGCGGGUUACGAGCUGACCUAUAUACUCCACACUCACACUCACAUUUUAGCAUGUGUAAAUAUAUAUUUUCGUUUAUAGGAUCGAGUGAAUCUGUUGGUAUAAAAAGGGGGGUCUGUAUUCAGCAGUCAUGUCACACACCCCGGUACAUGUGCUUCCACAUGCAGCAACUCCAACUCCACCUCUUCCGGCUCCUCCCACGCUUCUCCCCUCAAUCCUUCACCCCCCUUUUUCUGCUGGAUGCAGUACAUCCAAAGAGUUACAAGCAGUUGGGGAACCUUCGUCCUGCCUUUAGGGCUUUGGAAAUCAAUCUGAGUACAUGGAGGUGUUCCCCUGAAAAAGACUACCGCCUAUAAUUAGUUGCCUCUAUUUAUUAUUACCAUCUGCACAAAGACGUCUUUUUUCCUUUCUGUCAAGAGUGAAAUAAAACUUCUUGCAGCUUGUGGUGAAUAAGUUAGAGGAUAAAUAUUUUGCUCAUGAGGUAAAACAGACAGUCCUGAUGAAGACAAACUGAGCGGAUGGUUUAUUUAUUUAUUCUGAGAGGCCUGUAAGAGUUAAAUAAACUCGCAGCCCCGACAAGGUUUAAUCCAGUGGUAAGAUCCUUGUCUAAGCCAGUGUUGAGCCAAGUGUUUGGAUGUUGUAUGCAGAGAUUAAAGGGUUAAGUCUCUGCUGUUUGGCUCAGAAGUUUAACUCCUCCUCUUCGAAUCAAACUGGCACACAGAGCAACUGGCCUUGAAAGCCUGCUGAAACCUCUCCCUGUCAAUUUCUUUUUCUGUCUUCAAACUUUUCUGUCCUGUUUUUCCCCAAACUUUUUCUCUCUCCCUGAGCUGCUGUGUUUUUCCAUUCCUGAGUUUGUUGUUGCCCUGACAUGCCCCUAUACUUUGUAUCCUCUGGAGUUUGUCAGUUGCAGCCGUCAGGAGGUGUUGAGUUUCCACUCCCACCUAAAUCUCCUCCUCUCUAUUGGCGCCCUCUCCCUCCGCUCCACUCCCCCUGUGGCUAUAAGGAGGCGCUGCCUUCUCCAACCAAUCACAUUGCACAGAGCAUGUCUUACCAGAUGAAUACUGACUGCUUGCAGACUGCUUGGAAAUGUGGGCCAUAUUUGCUAUUCAUAAAGUUGAUCACACACAGAUGCAUCAGUCAUGCAUAUUGUUGUGUUUUCUGUGAAAAAAUCACUACAUGUUGUAAUUAAAUGUGACUCCUCAAAGCCGUGGUUUGAGCGGAGAGCUGAAGCAGAAUCAGAAGAGACGUUAAAGUGAAGAGUACAGGCAGAGGGGAGGAGAAAAGAAAACAUACAACGCACAAGCUUCCUCAACAGCUGCAGCCCAGUUUUGAAAUCCCCAUCAUCUUGUGACUUCCUUCCUCUGCUGCACAGAGCUGCAGAGUACGUGUGCACAAAUGCACACAAACAAACACUGCACUUUGUGUGCACACACUUGUUGCAUACGCUGGGGUCUUUGUUUAUCCAAAAAGGUCACACAAGAGAUUUGUGGGGGUAGGGUGUGUGUGUCACUUGUAAUCUAACAGAGACUUCAAGCGAGAAACACUUAAAGUCACUGUGAUUUUUACUUUAUUUAUGUUUUUAACAAAAUCCUUUAAAGUUUGCCUCUGCAUUCGUAGGUCUCACUUUUUGGGAGCUGAACAAAAACAAAACAGGUUAUCUGUGUGUGCAGGAGAAAGAGUUUGCAUAGCCAGUGUUUCUCAGGGCCACUGGAGCAGAGCUGCUGGUCUAGGUGUGAACAUGGAAAGUAAACACUGCCAUGCCCCACAAUGCUCCACUCUUGCACUCCUCUUCAGGAAUUUUGACACAGAAAUGCCAAAGGUCACAACACUGGUUCGUCCAAAUUCCCCAUAAGACCUCACACAUACCUCGAAGCCGUGAUAUCACCUCUGAAGUUAAGUGAUUUAUGAUCAGAAAACACAUACAGUAAACAUGCAGAUCCUGCGCACAUGUGUCAACGCGUGACACAUUAACAGACACAUGCAUACACUUACAGGUAAUGCCCCAUUCAAAGCAAAUGAGAUGUGAGGAAAGUCCAUUAGUGAACGCCAUUUAGCAGGACUUUUUUUUUCUUUUAAGUGAGCUGGAUACCGUCCAUACUUAUCACACCAUGCCUAGCUGUUCUGUUGCCAAAGCAGUUGUGGCGAAAUUUUAACAGGUCCAUCCACUGCAAAGCUAACUCAGUCACUCUGCCUAGACCUCAGCAGACUGAUAACAGAGUUUACUCUGUCUUAUCCUGCCCUGCUGAAAUAGGUCAGGUUACAGCACAGAGCCGGCUCUGUCAACACAUUUGCAAAGUGCGGCGCACACACCCACACAAUCUAUGCUCGCAGGUUGGUUUGCACACUCCAUAUUAGAUAUUUAUUCUCAUGUUCGCAUAAUGAGCCUUUAUGUCAAGCAUUUUGAAGGAGUUAUAAUCUUACACAAAUAUAGGAAGUCUGCACAUACUCUCAACUAACUUCUGAGUCACAGUCAAAGUGGGAAACAUGGAAUAGAAUGGUUUUCUAGUUAAAUUCAAUUCAUGUCUAUUAUCUGUCAGCUGUGGUUAGGGAUGUUACCUAAAGAAUCAAGGCGGAGAAUAGGGCAGAGACACACUCAACUUCUAUUUCAAGAGCUGUGACACAUACUCUGUAGGAUAGAGUUCGGUUGUACUGUAGUUCAGUGUUAUUAACUGACACCAAACUCUCCUCUGUGUGUGCUCUCAGAUUGCAGACACCUACUCCAUUGUCUGUAAAUCCCAGAAGAAGAAACCCCCCAUGGAAAACAGUGGGGCAAAGACCCUCCCCCGCUCCUUUGGCGGAGGGUCCCGUGGCAGGGGCCGAGGAGUCCAGGUCCAGGCGCGCUCCCAGGAGGAGCCCUGCUAUGAGCCGGUAGGAGACAGGUCCUGGUCCACAUGUGCGAUGGCGGAAUCCGACCAGGCGUACGCUACCAUUGACCCCCACCGAAAACGCGAGCAGGCGGGAACCAAUAACAGCACAGCUGGAGGUAGUGCCACAUUGAAGAGAAAGAAGCAGACACAGCCACAGCCACAGCAACAGCAGCAGCAGCAGCAGCAGCAGGCAGCACCAGCGGCACUGCAGGGCUCAGGACCCACUGCCCUGCCUACUAAGGGCCUUCCGGGUGGGGAAAACUUCUAUGAGACCAUCAGCGACGUGAAACAAGGGGGCAACAGCUCCAGCACCACCACCAUCUUCACUUUCAAUGACGGGAUGGAGAUGUAUGUCACUGGCCUGUAGCUGGCUCAGAGGGCCUGCUGGUACACAGUCAUGAAAGGGACCCUCCUGUUCACCUGCCAAGAGGCUGUUGUACAUAGACACCAGACCCUCUUUAGACAACAAAAAACACGAGGAUCCACUUUGCGAUGACAUCAGGUACAAACAGGGUCUUAAUCCAGGUUCAGACUUCCCUUGAUUGGUCUGUACUCCAGAACCAGCCUAAGCCUAGUCCAGCCCAAAAACGGACCAAAUGUCUUUUAAAUAAAAAAAGAGAAGAAAAGUGGAAUUUGAAUCUUCAACCUUCUGUGUCACUGACAAUACUCACCUGUUUGUGCAUCAUUUUCCAUAAUAUCUUUAUUUUUAUAUGAACACUGUACUCUUUGUAGAGUAUGUGGUGUAAUUCACAACCUUUAUUAUAUAUUAUAAAAAAAAGGUAAAUGUGCAUGCAUUGUGCUAACACACACUUAAAAAAAAACACAAGUAGCAAGAAUCCUGGGUAUGAGGUACACAGUUAGCUAUCAUCACCCAUACACGCUCACACUCGCGCACAUGUAUGCCUCAUCUUUUUUGGGACUUAUGUAAUAUAGGCAGAUGGAUGUCACAGAGAUUUGCGGUGCUUAGCUCUCCCUAAGUAAACAUCUGAAACAGGUUCUCUGUGCACACCUGCCUGUUGCCUGGCAGACGGCAUUGUGCUGCUUUGUUCAAACAUUGGGCCUGGGAUAUGCGGGCCUGCUUCGACUCACAAGUAAUUAAAGGCCGCAGUCCCCCCGUUUCACAAAUAACCAUCACUGUGCCCUAACUUUAUCCGCUGUUAUUAAUGACAGCUCUCAUGAGAACUUUUCAAAGUGAGCUUUAAUUGAUGCUGUAAACUUCUCAUAAAUUAUGAGAUCAGUUGAGGAUAUUUAUUCAGAUUUGACUAACAUCUGUAGCCAGAGGCAUGAUGACACACCCCAGCACUCCUACACAUACACAACACAUAUAUUCAAAAAAGUCAUGCAGGGUAAAGUGACCUGGUCAGGGGCAGUGAGUGGGUUGUGUAAGAUUUCCCCAGAGUGGUGCGGGUGAGGAAUUGCACAAUGUGAGACCUUUAGUGUAUUACAAUACAAAAUUAUAAUAUAAACAAUAUAAAUAAGAGAAGAAUAUUUAUAAAUUAAGGAAGUGAAAGUGUAACUGGGUUUCCAUCCUGUUCAGUUAAUAUUCCAUUUCCUUCGGGCGCUGUGCACAUCGAAUUUUAUGACCAUUGUUAUUUUGCACCGGACAGCUGCAGGAUUAGCUUAAUUGUGCAUUAACAUGCUGUAAAGGGCGUUACCCAACACCAUCCUGAUUUGCUCUCUGGUCUCAAGUAAGAGACAGAGCUCACUGCAGCUCAGCAGACUCAAGUUUGGUGGUUGAAAUAGCAGCACAAGGUUUAGACUCCAAAGAAAACAGGGAGCUGGGCAUAAAAAUUACCAGCAAGUGGCCUUUGGAAGUCUGCCCUUCGCCCUUUCCCCAUCCUCGUCUCCAGCCUUUGCACAGAGUUUUCGUCCAUAGUAAACAAUGGCUUUUCCGUGCAGCUUUGGGGAACAUUAAAAAAAUUAUAGAACAAAAUAUUUAAAAGCUUGACAAAGAUACAAAGAAAAGAGGGGAAAGGGGUACACACUGCUCAGAGGUUGAGAGAUGUAUCAUAAUGAUCUCACUGUGAGACAACGAAGAAGGGAAAAGACGGGUUUGAAGAGGUUUGCGACAUAAAUCUAUAAAUGCUACUGUGCCAGAGAGUAUGUAAAAACAAUGCACUCUGUGUUUUAAUGCACUGUUUAUUUUUUCUUACUUACUGACAAUAUCAUUGGUUAAAUAGCUCAUGCCACUGCCAUGAAAACAAUAUGUUUAUGUUGUUGGUGCAACUUUUUUCCUGCUUGAUCAAAAAGUGCAUGCUUUGAUAUAUGGAGAUGAAAACAGAAUAUUGUGGUACUUAAUUGAUCUCUUGUUUGUUAACUUUUCUGCUGUACUUUUUUUAUGUGACGCAAGAGCAGCAUUCAGUCUUUUUUCUUUUUUUAAAGCUAGAACUUGGUGGAGGAGGGGGAAGAAGUAGAAAGCCAACAGGGGUUUGAGGCAGAGCUUUGUUUAUCCUCUGCACUGGGGGGAAUAAAAAAAGGAGGGAUAGAGGUGAGGAGGGGGAAGGAACGGCUAAUAUAAAGCUGGAUGAGGAUCACUGCAAAUGGACACAGACUCCUCCUUCUAGAAUAUGUUUGCGUGCUUGCACACACACACACGCACCCAUGUACACAAACACAUACACACCUGCAGGCACACAUACACACCGCAACAUUGAGCCAUGUGUGUUUCCAGUUUAGGGAGGGAAGCACAUUUUGCUUCCACUCAGCCAGCUCUUGCAGAUACUCCCUCCCCCAGCUGUGUUCAUCCUCCAAUAACCGACACAGACCUCUCUCUCUUUUCUCUGCCUCACCUCUCUCCCUCGCUGUGCUGGGGAGGGGGCUUUGAUGUCCAGUUCUGAGGGACUCAGGGAGUUAUAUGAGAGGCGAGGGGAGCUGGUGGGUGGGGUGGGGGGAGUCGAGGAGGGGCAGAGGCUGUGGGUCAGGCCAACCCCUGUCUGAUAUCAACAAUGCACCAACGGCUCAACAACUGCCUGAUAUGAGAAAUGGCGAACAGCUGAGAUGCUUAGCAAGCUCUGCUGAGGCUUCCCAUAGACAAUGCUGGCUGCAAAAUCGCUAUCUCACUUAAUCCUUUUUCUCUGGCUGUCACUUUACGUGUCACAUUUAGUUUAUCCUGAGAGAAAGCACUGAUCUGAUAUAUAUAUUUUGUUGAGCACUGUCAUACUCUGAUUGAGGCAGAUGUUCAUUGCACAAACACAGUAUGAUGAUGUAAAUGUGUAAAAUACUCUGUUGCUGUUCUGAUGUUGUUCCAAUGUAACAUACAGUAAACAGUAUAUGUUGAAAAAAAAAAAAGAUGGUUAUCACAGACACAUUGUACUUUGUGGAUGCAAAAUGUUCCAUGCUUUCCAUGCAGAUACAGAUGCUGUUUGUUAAUUGUCUUAUCAGAUAUAAUUAUGGGCCAAAUCUGCUGUGACAGCUGUAGCCAAUGUUGUAUGUUAUAAAGCACAGGGUUUAGUCGAAAAAAAUAUAUAUAACAUAUAGUGUGACAGUGCAGAUAUGCAAAAGAUUGUAAUGUUUUAUAUUAACCUUCAUAAAAUAUUAAAGUGAGUUUUUACUUUUCUAAUAAAGUGGCACAUCAUAACGUGUAUGUCA